AAGUGGCAGCGCUGCGAUUCUACUUCAGCGCGGUUCGCUUCGCUGACUUCACCGGACUUAGCUGAACUGCGCUGAGCUGAGCUUAGCUUUCAUCGGUGCGUUGCUGGGCCACAGAGCUUUGUAAAUUCAGUUCGCCAACGGCGCGCGUACGGUGCGGAUCUCUUACUUUGCUUUGAACGGACGUUUGCGUGUCAUAUAUAGAAUACAUAUAUACAUAGUAUACAUAUAUAUAUGUACAUCAUACAUACUCAAACAGCACUGCCAAUAGAUAGAUAUAUAUACAGGCAUAUGCAUAUGCAUUGAGUAUAUAUAUAAAAAUAUUAUAUUAUAUAUUGAGCUCAAAUUACAGCAUUUGGGCCAAGUGUAAAGUAAAAAUAUUCUUCAUAAAGUGUUUGAAAAUUUAUGCCUAAAAAUAGAAAUUUGUGAAAUAAACCAGCAAAUAGUUGACGGUAAAGCGAAGCAAAGUUACGCUAAAGAAAAAUUGUGUUCAAAGAAUAUUUGCUAAGCAAAAAUCGGAUUUUGUGCGACCAAUUUCUAAAAUAAAUAAAAUUUAUUGUGUUCAAUCUCGAGUGCAUCCAAGUGUUUGGUAUUUAAAUUUUAUAACAAAAAUAUUUGGAAUAAUAAUUUAAAUCCUUAAUAUCAUUUAAAAUAAAUCCUCAACAUUGCAGUGAAAGUUUCGAUUUGCUACAAAGCAAAUUUAAAUCCAUUCUUCAGCAAUAACAAUUCAUAAAAAAAUUGUAUUCCAGUAAAUUGGGAUAAAUUAAAGUGUAAAAAUCUGAAAAUAUCAAAACUUGUGUUCAAAUUUAAGGCAAAAGCGCUGUUGCGCUGACUUCAAGCAAAGUUAACAUUUUCGUAGAAAAUAAAUCAACGAUUUGGAAUUUGAUUUGGAAUUUGAUUUGGAUUUGUCUGUCUCCCAAAGCGUGUGUCUCGCUGUGUGUGUGGAGUAGUGCGCGGCUGGUGACAGAAUGUACUAAAUUUGGAUUCGAUUGCAAGAAAGAAAUGCAAAAAUGAGAAUAUUUUUGCCACUAGUCACGUGGAUAGUGCUACUUUCGAGUACAGUACAUUCACAAAUCAAAACAAUACGAUCGGACCAAGCGCAUUUGAAAAAUAGCCGUUUUGGUGGCGAAGUAUUUUUUCUAAAUCUUGAAGAUGGCUAUUUUGGCUGUCAAGUUAAUGAGUCUACAGAUUAUUUACAAUUAUUCGAAUUAUCGAAAUUAUGCGACGGCAGGCGAGAUUGUUUUCUCGGUGCCGAUGAGCUGAGAGAGGAGCUCAAAUGCACAAAUGACUGUGAUAAGGAUGGCACUCAGUGCACGAAUGGUGUUUGCUUAAAUGGCGUUUGCCAUUGUAACGACGGUUUCGGCGGUUGUAAUUGCAGUGAGCGAGAUGAAAACGAAUGCAAAUAUCGUCCGUGUGAUGUAUUUGCGCACUGCAUCAACACGCUUGGCAGCUUCACGUGUACCUGCUUUCCCGGCUAUCACGGCAAUGGGUUUCACUGCGAAGAUAUCGACGAAUGCCAAGAUCCAACGAUAAGAGCGCGUUGCGUCGAGAAUGCCGAAUGCUGCAAUCUGCCAGCGCAUUAUCUCUGCAAAUGUAGGGACGGCUAUGAGGGUGAUGGUGAGGUGCUAUGUACAGACCUCGACGAGUGCCAAAGUCCCACUGCUUGCGGUACGGGUGCGCAAUGCAUCAAUACGCCCGGCAACUACACCUGUGCCUGUCCCGAAGGUUACCAUGGAGACCCGUACUACAGCUGUACAGACAUUGAUGAGUGCACACAUCCGAAUGCCUGCGGACCCGGCGCAAUUUGUACGAAUCUCGAGGGCGGUUAUCGCUGCGACUGCCCAGAGGGAUACGAUGGUGAUGCGCGCUCGGCCAGCGGAUGUGUGGAUUAUGAUGAGUGCGCACGUUCGCCAUGUGGACGCAAUGCACAGUGUCUAAAUACGGAUGGUAGCUUCAAGUGUAUCUGCCCCGAUGGCUAUGCGGGUGAUCCCAGUCAUGGGUGUGAAGACGUCGACGAAUGCUCCACUAACAAUCCAUGCGGUUUGGGUGCUGAAUGCGUGAAUAUUGGCGGUAGCUUUGCGUGCAACUGUCCGCCGGGCUAUACGCUCGAAUUCGAACGGGAAUAUAGUCUGGGUGGCGGCGGCAUCUAUGGCGGUAAUGGCACAACGCUGCGUGUGACCGGCGCCGGUUUGGCUUGUGUCGAUAUCGACGAAUGUAAUAUGGAUGAUGGCGUGGCCAAAUGUGGCACGAAUGCGAAAUGUAUUAAUUUUCCCGGCUCAUAUCGCUGCUUGUGCCCGAGUGGCUUUCAAGGACAGGGUUAUUUGCAUUGUGAAAACAUCAACGAAUGUCAGGACAAUCCUUGUGGCGAGAACGCAAUUUGCACCGACACCGUCGGCAGCUUUGUCUGCACUUGCAAACAAGACUAUACCGGCGAUCCCUUCCGCGGCUGCGUGGAUAUCGAUGAGUGUGCAGCGCUGGAGAAGCCUUGCGGCACACAUGCGAUCUGCGAAAAUGCCGUACCCGGCUAUAAUUGCAAGUGUCCACAGGGUUACGAUGGUAAACCGGAUCCAAAAGUCGCUUGCGAGCAAGUGGAUGUGAAUAUUUUGUGCCGCAGCAGCUUCGAUUGUACCAACAAUGCCGAAUGUAUUGAGAAUCAGUGUUUCUGUCUAGAUGGCUUCGAGCCGAUCGGCUCCAGUUGUGUCGACAUCGACGAAUGUCGCACACACGCGGAUGCCUGUGGUGUACACGCGCAAUGUAUAAAUACACCCGGCUCGUUCCGAUGCGAUUGUGAAGCGGGCUUCGUGGGCACACCACCGCGUAUUGCCUGCAAGGAGCCGUGCGAGGAUGUGCGCUGCGGCGAACAUGCAUAUUGCAAACCGGAUGGCAAUGAGGCUUAUUGCAUUUGCGAAGACGGUUGGACGUAUAACCCCAGCGACAUCUCAGCCGGUUGCGUGGAUAUUGAUGAAUGUGAUGUGGUACAUGGACCCUUUGGCAGUUGUGGCAUCAACGCGACGUGCACGAACGCUUUGGGCAGCUUUAGUUGCGCCUGUCCAUCAGGCUUUUCUGGUGAUCCCCACGCCAAGUGUGUGGACGUGGACGAGUGUCAUGUUGGCAACAAAUGCGGCGAAGGCGCGGAGUGUGUAAAUAUGAAUAGCGGUUAUACGUGCCGCUGUCCGGCUGACACAGUCGCCGAUCCAGAUCCCACGAUACGUUGCGUGCCGAUUGUUACAUGCACUACGAACAACGAUUGUCCGGGCAAUGCAAUUUGCGAUACGGAGAAACGUUGCCUCUGCCCUCAACCGAAUAUUGGCAAUGAUUGUCGGCAUCCUUGCGAGGAGGUCAAUUGUGGCGCACACGCACAGUGUAUGCUGGCCAAUGGACAAGCACAGUGCUUGUGCGUCGAGGGCUACACGGGUAGUCCGAACACACCUGGCGGUUGUAAUGAUAUCGACGAAUGUAGGGCCAAUCCAUGCCAGGCGAAUGCUAUUUGUACCAAUACCGCCGGUGGUUAUCUUUGCCAAUGUCCCAGUGGCACCAGUGGCGAUCCCUACCGUGAAGGUUGCACAGCAGGUAAGGUGGCUUUCACCUGCUCCGACUCGAACCCCUGCUCGCCUGGUGAAACUUGCGUCACGGACUCAUAUACUGGCAGUGGCGUGUGUAUUUGUCGUCAAGGUUAUGAACGUAAUGCGGAAACUGGUCUAUGUCAAGAUGUGGAUGAAUGCUCUCCUAGUCGCGCGAAAGUGGCUUGUGGUCUCAAUGCGCUCUGCAAGAAUCUACCGGGCAGCUAUGAAUGCAAGUGCCCGCAAGGCUUUAGCGGUAAUCCCUUCGUUAUGUGCGAACAAUGUAAAUCGUCGGAGUGUCAAUGUCAGCCACCCUACAAGCUAGUGGGCAAUAGCUGCAUACUUGCCGACUGCUCUAAAGAUAAGAAAUGUCCCAACGGCGCAGAGUGUAUCUCCAUUGCUGGUGGUGUUAGCUACUGCGCUUGUCCAAAGGGUUAUAAGACUGGACCGGAUGGCUCAUGUAUCGAUGUCAACGAAUGUGUGGAACGCGACUCGCAAGUUUGCGCCUUUGGCGCGGAAUGUAUCAACAUACCUGGCGGUUUUAGUUGUGCUUGUCCUGAGGGCUACAACGGUGAUCCUUACCACGGACUUUGCGCGCCCGCACAACGCAAAUGUGCUGCUGACAAGGAAUGUGGCACUAAUGAGAAAUGCGUACAGCCUGGUGAAUGUAUUUGCCCACCACCAUUCUUUUUGGAUCCCUACGAUAACAAUAAAUGUAAGAGCCCCUGCGAACGUUUCCCGUGUGGCAUUAAUGCCAAAUGCACGCCAACAGAUCCACCACAAUGUAUGUGCGAACCGGGCUUCAAGGGUGACCCGCUUAUGGGCUGUACCGAUGAGGACGAAUGUGCGCACUUGCCUUGCGCUUACGGUGCCUACUGUGUUAAUAAGAAAGGUGGUUACCAAUGUGUGUGUCCUAAAGGCUUUACGGGCGAUCCAUAUAAAAGUGGAUGUAUCUUGGAAACCGGCGUGCCAAAGAGUAAGUGCACAACCAAUGAAGACUGUGCCAGUAAUUUGGCUUGUGUGGAGGGCACAUGUGUGUCUCCCUGCGCCAGCCUAUUGUGCGGACCGAAUGCAUUCUGUGAGACUGAAAACCAUGCUGGCUGGUGCCGUUGUCGUGUGGGUUUUAGCAAAGAUCCGAACGGUGAUUGCGUUUCUCAAUGUAAGGAUAUAAUUUGCGGCGAGGGCGCACUCUGCAUACCAACAUCGGAAGGUCCCACUUGCAAAUGUCCGCAAGGUUACUUCGGCAAUCCAUUCCCAGGCGGUGCCUGCUCAACAGAUCAAUGCAGCGGUUCGCGUCCCUGCGCCGAUCGUCAGGUUUGUAUUAAUGGACGUUGUAAGGAACGUUGUGACGGUGUUGUUUGCGGUAUCGGCGCCACCUGUGACAAGAAUAGCGGCAAAUGUGUGUGUGAACCUAACUUUAUUGGCAAUCCAGAUCUUGUGUGCGUGCCUCCAGUUAAGUAUGCCGAAUGCGAGCCUAAGUGUGCCGAGAAUGCGCAUUGUGAAUAUGGCUUUGGCAACAGCGUAUGCGCUUGCAAUCCUGGCACGACUGGUAAUCCCUAUGAAGGCUGUGGCCCACAGAGCAAGAAUAUAUGCGCGCCUAAUAGUUGCGGUCCGAAUGCUGAAUGCCGCGCUGAUGGCCAACAAAUUAGCUGUAUCUGUCCACAAGGCUUCACCGGCAAUGCCUAUGUCGGCUGUCAAGAUGUGGACGAGUGCGUGAACAAACCCUGUGGCCUGAAUGCGGCUUGUCUCAACACGCAUGGUGGCUUCGAGUGUCUGUGCUUAUCCGGUUUUGCUGGCGAUCCAUUCAGUAGUUGUCAGCCGGUCGAUACUGUAUUCUGUACUGAUGCGGACCAUUGCGAGUGCAACGCGCGUGUAGAAUGCCCAGAUGGCUUUACAUGCGAGGAAGGUAAAUGUAAAAAUCUUUGCUCGAAGACUGCGUGUGGACCAAGAGCUGCCUGCGAUGGCGGCAAAUGCAUUUGUCCACUUGGUUACAUCGGUGAUCCUUACGACGCGGAAAACGGCUGCACCAUACGUGGUCAGUGCAACAAUGAUGCAGACUGCAAGCACUCAGAAAUAUGCUUCCAGCUAGGCAAAGGCUUGAGGAAGUGCGUCGAUGCGUGCUCGAAGAUUCAGUGCGGUCCUAAUGCCCUCUGCGUCUCCAACGAUCAUCGUUCAUCUUGUAUAUGUACCGACGGCUAUUUCGGCAACCCAAGCAAUCUGCAAGUGGGCUGCCAACCCGAGCGUAAAGUGCCGGAUGUAGAGGAUAAAUGUAAAUCGGACAACGACUGCGAACUUGGCUACUCAUGCGCACCCGACGUGCAAGGCACAAAAGAAUGUAUCAAUCGCUGUUCGAAGGUCGUUUGCGGUACAAACGAAGUGUGCAACAUCGAUGCCAAUGGACAUGCGUUGUGCAACUGUGCAGAUAGUUUUGUUUGGAACCCCGUUACUUCAUCUUGCGAGAAACCGUCGCUCCCUGACUGCACUAAGGACGCGGACUGCCCUGUUGUAUAUGCCUGUCGGUCCGAUGUGGUUGGCGUACUCAAAUGUAUUUCGAUUUGUGACGAGUUCACAUGUCCCGCCAAUUCUGUUUGUGUCGCUCGCAAUCAUGAAGGUCGCUGCGACUGUCUCCCUGGUUAUGUCGGAAAUCCAAACGAUCGUAAUGGCUGCCAACCUGUGGCGAAGAACCAAUGUCGCACCAAUGCCGAGUGUGCGGAAUCAGAAGCUUGUGUCAAAUAUGGCCCUAGUGGAAGUCUUACCUGUCGUCCAGCUUGUGACAGCAUUAAGUGUGGACCGCGUGCGGUUUGCAUCACCAACAAUCACUUGGCGCAAUGUCAAUGCCCACCAGGACCUUACGCUGGUGAUCCGAAUGACCCCUUCAACGGUUGCCAGAGCGUGCCUUGCGUCUACAAUCACGAUUGUCCACCAACAAAGAUGUGCAACCGCAUGACACACACCUGUUACGAUGUCUGCGAUGAGGAAUCCUGUGGUGAGAAUGCCAUUUGUAUUGCUGAAGAUCAUCGUGCGGUAUGCCAAUGCCCACCAGGCUACAAAGGCAAUCCCAUGCCGGAGGUGGAGUGCACCAAAGUUAGCGGCUGCGUACCUGGCACUUGUCAUCAUUCUGCCAUAUGUGAAAUCACACCCUCGGGCCCAACGUGUCGCUGUCCCGAAAACUUUAUUAGCGAUCCGGAGACGAUGAGUUGUCGUCCAGAUGGUCAGUGUCCGAACGGCGAUGCCGACUGUCCAGCGAAUACCAUCUGUGCGGGUGGUCAUUGUAUCGAUCCAUGUGUGAACGCGUGCGGCCAGAACUCUGAAUGCAAAGUAGUUAAUCGUAAACCAGUUUGUAGUUGCCCUUUGAAGUUCCAACAAAAUGGGGAGUCACCUAAAGAUGGCUGUGUACGCUCGGUCUCCAAAUGCAGGUCGGAUGUCGACUGUGGCGGCGAAAUAUGCUACAAUGGUCAAUGCCGUGUGGCCUGCCGUAAUACGGACGACUGCUCGAGCGGCGAAAAAUGCUUAAAUAGUAUAUGUGUAAUACCCUGCUUGGAUCACAGUCAAUGUACGUCCGGCUUGGCUUGCUUAGAAGGUCUUUGCGUUUUAGGGUGUCGCAGCAAUAAAGACUGCGCUGUGGAUCAGUCUUGUAUAAACAACAAAUGUGCCGACCCCUGUAAGUCAGGUGGCAUCUGCGGUCCUAAUGCACUCUGUAGCAUCGAUAAACAUCUCACGCAAUGUACGUGUCCCGAAGGUUUCGAGGGCAACCCUACACCCGAUCAAGGUUGCGUGCGCGUGCCAGCGCCCUGCUUGGCCACCAAUCAAUGCCCCGCCAGUCACAUGUGCAUCGGUAAUCAAUGUAACCUGCCGUGUCAGAAGACAACCGCUUGCGCCAUAGGCGAACGCUGCUACCAGAAUGUCUGCCGUAAAGUCUGUUAUACGAGUAACAAUUGCUUGCCUGGCGAAAUUUGUAAUAAUGAUGGCACUUGCAAGCCCGGCUGUGAUUCCGAUGCUGAUUGCCCGCCCACAGAGCUCUGUCUCAGCGGUAAAUGUAAGUGUGCCUCUGGCUUCAUUGGCACUCCUUUCGGCUGCUCGGAUAUUGAUGAGUGCACAGAGCAACCGUGUCACAACACAGCGCGCUGUGAGAACUUACCUGGCUCGUACCGUUGCAUAUGUCCUGAAGGCACAGUGGGUGAUGGUCUUUCUCAACAGGGUUGUAUUAAGCCCAAGGAGUGCUAUAAGGAUGACGACUGCGCCUAUAACUUGGCUUGUAUCAAUGAUAAGUGUACCGAGCCCUGCACCAACAGUACUUGCGGCCCCAACGCACUCUGCAAUGCGGAAAAUCAUCAAGCUUCAUGCUACUGCCCACCUGGUCACUUAGGUGAUGCCAGUGAGCAUACAGUCGGCUGCUUCAAGGUCGAAUGUAUCACUAACGAAGACUGUGCCAGCGACAAGGCUUGUGAUAGUGAAACGAAUCGUUGUAUCAAACCUUGUGAUCUUAUCUCUUGCGGCAAAGGAAUUUGCAAUGUUGCUAAUCAUCAAGCGCUCUGUAACUGUUAUGAAGGCUACCAACUCACCGAAAAUGUUUGCGAAGAUAUCAAUGAAUGUUUGUCCCAGCCCUGCCAUAGCACCGCGUUCUGUGAAAAUCAACCCGGCUCUUACAAAUGUCAGUGUCCCGAAGGUCUGAUAGGAGAUCCCGUCAAUGUGGGUUGUCGCGAUCCCAACGAGUGUAUGACCGACACGGAUUGUCCGUCCACUGCAAGCUGUCAAAAUGCGCGUUGUCGCAGCCCGUGCGAACGCGAGAAUGUAUGUGGACGCAAUGCAACUUGUUUGGCCCAAUCGCACAACGCCAUCUGUGCGUGCCCACCGAACUCACAUGGCGAUCCAUCCAUCGAAUGUGUCUACAUCGAAUGCUCGGAGAAUGAGGAUUGCGCCAACGGCAAGGCCUGCUUGGACGCGAAAUGUGUGGAUCCCUGCACACUGCCCAAUGCUUGCGGCGCCAACGCGCGUUGUGCUGUACUUAACCACAUCGGUGUCUGCACUUGUGAAACAGGCACUACUGGCGAUGCACAGCUCGGCUGUGUCGCUUUGCAGUAUUGCAACGCAGACAGUCAAUGUGCUUCGGGUACCAUAUGUACCAACGGCAUCUGUGCAACGCUGUGCAGUUCCGUGCGUGAUUGUAUCUCCGAUCAGCUGUGCAUACAGGGCGUCUGCCAACCUACAUGUCGUACGAACUCCACAUGCCCCGAAUUCCAGUUCUGUCUCAACAGCAUUUGCACGAAAGAGAUGAUCUGCCGCGACGACGACGAUUGCGGUGUGAACGAGAGUUGUGUACAGGAUAGCUAUGGACGUGCCUCGUGCGAGAACGUUUGUUUAGGUCGCGCUAUUUGUGGUCGUAAUGCCGAGUGUAUUGCACGUAGCCAUGCUCCCGACUGUGAGUGUAAGGAGGGCUUCUUUGGUGAUCCGAAGAGUGGUUGCCGCAAGAUCGAAUGCUCAACGGACGCGGAGUGCUCGCAUGACAAGACAUGCGAUGAUCAUAUGUGUAAAAUUGCUUGCCUCAUUGGCGAACCGUGCGGUGAGAAUGCGCUUUGUACAACGGAAAAUCACAAACAAGUCUGCCACUGUCAGCCAGGCUUUACCGGCGAUCCGCGUGUACGUUGUGAUGUCGUCGAUUUUUGUAAGGAUGCGCCAUGCGGUCCCGGCGCACGCUGUCGCAAUUCGCGUGGUUCAUUCAAGUGUACUUGUCCGCCCGGUUUGGUUGGUGAUCCCUACAAUGAAGGUUGUCGCACCGCGGUGGAGUGUGAAACUAGCGAUGAUUGUCCCCCGCAUGCCGAAUGCACCAAAAUUAACGGUAUAUCCAAAUGUCAAGAUGUAUGUGCGAAUGUUAAGUGUGGCACGAAUGCCGAAUGUAUACCUAAGGGUCAUCAAGCUCAUUGUGCAUGCCGUAAUGGCUACGAUGGUAAUCCGGAAGAUCGGAUUGCCGGCUGUAAGCCACUACCCGUACCAUGUCAAAUGACCAGCGACUGCCCGACAAAUACCUACUGUUCGGAUAGUAUAUGUAAACCCGCUUGUCUGCUCGACACCGAAUGUGGCACCACAGAGGUUUGCCAGGGGGGACAAUGUGUGAACCCGUGUCUGCAGGCUCAAUCUUGCGGCAUGAAUGCUGAAUGCCACAUACAACAACACUAUAAGCAGUGCAGUUGUCCACCUGGUUUUACCGGCAAUCCAGACGUCGAGUGCGUACGCAUACCCGUGGCUUGUAACAGUGAUGUGGAAUGCCGUGAGGGUUACAACUGUCACGAUUCAAUGUGUCAGCCGGCUUGCCAUAGCGAUCAGGACUGUGCGUUGAACGAGAAGUGCCUGCAUGGUAGCUGUAUGCUGACUUGUCGUGUGGACAAUGACUGCUUCCUGGGACAUGUUUGCCUGCAUAAUAAAUGCGUUUACGGUUGUCGCACCGAUGACGAUUGUAGCGCCUCCGAGUCGUGCCGUCAAGAUAAGUGUACAAAUCCUUGUACGGAGAAUCCCUGUGGACCGAAUGCUGCCUGCUCGGUCUCCAAUCAUCGUGCAAUCUGUAGUUGUCUGGAUGGUAUGGUACCGAAUCCGACGCCACAAGUCGGCUGUGUACGCAGUCCACCGCUCGAUUGUAAUGAGAACCGCGAUUGCCCGAAUGGUCUUGCUUGCUUCGAGUUUGCUUGUCGUCCGCUGUGCGCGGAUAAUGCGGGUUGCCUCUCGAAUGAACGCUGUCAAGGUGGAGUUUGUAAGCCGCUUUGUCGACGCGAUGAUGAUUGCCGCAGCAGUGAAGUGUGUUUAGGACUAACCUGCGUGGCAGGUUGCCGCUCCGACCAGGGUUGCCCACAUGACUUGUCGUGUGUCAAUCAACAAUGUAUAAAUCCAUGCGCCGAGCCCGCUGCUUGCGGCACAAAUGCUGAGUGUUCAGUGGUCGAUCACCGUAAGCAAUGCACAUGCCCCCAAGGUCUUAUAGGCAAAGCCGAGGUAUCGUGCAAAGCGCCACGUACAGCUUGCGCACGCAACGAAGACUGUGAAGGAAAUCAACUCUGUUAUGGCGGCAGCUGUCAAGGUAAAUGCCGUAACGAUCAGAAUUGUUUGGCGGAUGAGCGUUGUAUGCGCGGCACCUGCCGUACCGUUUGCAACACCGACUCUGCAUGCACACAAGGACAAAUUUGCGAAAAUCGCGUCUGCCAAAUUGGUUGCCGCAACGAUCUCACCUGCCCUAGCGAAGAGGCGUGCAUCAACAAAAAGUGUAAGAAUCCCUGUGACACACCCGGUCAAUGUGGUCAGUGUGCCAACUGUUUGGUGGUCAAUCACGGCGUGCAAUGUAGCUGUCCGAAUGGUUUUCUCGGUGAUGGCCUCAGCGGCUGUCAACAGCCACCACAACGUUGUAACUCCAAUUGUCAAUGUGACGAAACGAAUACCUACUGCGCCGAGACAUGCACGCGUACCGACGAGUGUGCUUGCGGUCAGGUGUGCACACGAGGUAAGUGUCGUCAGAAGUGUGGAGGCGGCCGUAAUUGCCCACUUGGUCAACUCUGCGAACGCGGCACCUGUCUGGCUGGCUGCAAGACGAACAACGACUGCACCAACGAUCAGAGUUGUAUCAAAGGUAAAUGCGCUGAUCCGUGCGCUGAUAAAUCGGCCUGUGGCCGCAAUGCGCUAUGCACUGUCUCCGAUCAUCGUAUGCUCUGCUAUUGUCCCGAUGGCUAUGAGGGUGAACCCAUCGAGGAAUGUGUGCAAUUUGAGUGCGCACAAGAUGCCGAUUGUGAACCGAACAAACGUUGUGAUGCAGGCAAGUGUCGCAACCCAUGCUUGGAAUAUGGCGCGUGUGGUGUUAACGCACAGUGUCGUGUCGUCGAUCGCAAGCCACAAUGCUCCUGUCCACCCGACUAUUUUGGUACGCCCGAAACGGAAUGUCGACCCUUGGAUGGCGGUUGCGCCAAUCACCCCUGCGGCGCUAAUUCGAAAUGUAUUGAGGUACCUGGCGGUUAUGAGUGCACGUGCAUGGAUGGUUGUAUGGGUGAUGCACAUAAAGGUUGUGUUUGCGAAGGACAAUUGGUGAAUGCGUGUGCUGAUCAACCGUGUGGACAGAAUGCUGCUUGCCGUGUGCUGGAGCAUAACGAGGCGCAAUGUUAUUGCCCCGAGGAAUUCCCAUAUGGCGAUGCGUAUGUGCAAUGUUACUUAACACCACCACAAGAAGACUGCCGCACACAGGGUUGCAUUACAGGUGAAUGUGUACGCCAAGGAGUAGACUACGUUUGCCGACACGACACCGAACAAUGCACAUCAGACGUCGAAUGUCCCAGUGAGAAAUCAUGCCUACAAGGACACUGUAUUGAUCCUUGUUCGGUGCGUGGCGUUUGUGGCGCAAAUGCGCUUUGCAAAAGCGUAUUACAUCGUCCGCGUUGCUCAUGCCCCAGUUGUUAUAUAGGACGCCCCGAAGUGGAUUGUAAACCGGAUCCGAAGUGCACCGAUGGCACAGCGUUGCAGCCACGUGAUCCGCAACAACAAAUACCAUGCACACAACACGACGAUUGUCCCGACAACCAGCAGUGCAGUCACUACGGUCAGUGUACGGAUCCAUGCCAGAAUCCGCUCUUCAUUUGCGGUGGCAGUAAGAAAUGUGAGACGCGUCGCCACCAACCGGUGUGCGUAUGUAAAUCGGGUUUCAUCGUCAACGAAUAUGGUGAGUUGACGUGUGCGCCAGAGAAACGUGAUUGUUAUCGUGAUGAUGACUGUGCCUCGAAUAUGGCCUGUAGUGAGGGUAAAUGCCGUAGUCCGUGUGUGGUGCCUGUGGGUCGUCAACCCAUAUGCGCAGAGAAUAAGUCAUGCGAGGUGCAAGAUCACAAAGCGGUGUGUAUUUGUAUGAAGGAUUGUCAACCAUCAAUCUCGAUUUGCCUGCGCGAUGCGGGCUGUCCAUCGGGUUUGGCUUGUCGAUCGUAUCAGUGUGUGAAUCCAUGUGAUUUUGCAACGUGUGCGCCCAACUCGCCAUGCAUCGUCGAGGAUCACAAGCCGAUAUGUAAAUUCUGCCCACCCGGAUUUAUAGCCGAUGCCAAGAAUGGAUGUCAAAAAGCCUUAGAAAUGCCCACUACAACUACCAUCGCGGCCGCCAGCAUUACGUCUCCUACAACGCCACCAACAUCACAGGCGAGCGCCAACUGUACGCAAGACGCCGAUUGCGAUGAAACGCUACAGUGCAGCAGCACGUCCAGACAAUGCUUAGACCCUUGUGCAGUCGUCUGUGCCGAGUCUGCACUGUGUAUUGUAAAAGCACACCGUGUGGCCACUUGUAUUUGCGCUGAUAGUUUCGUAGGCAACGCGAGUGUUAAGUGCAUUCCCAUAUUCUUUGAAAUACCCACGACCGUUGAGAAUACCACACAACCCAUACCCUUCUUUGACCGUACAGAUACGACGGCGACGACAGUUAGGUAUACAACUAUGUAUCUUGGUAAUCAAACAGAAAUGCGUACACAUUAUACGGAUAUAGUUGCGGAGACAGAGACAGAGUCUUAUGACAGUACAACGCAGGCAACAGCCUUCCGUACGACAACUGAAAGUGGUGAUAGAACCACUUCAAGUGUUGUUAAGCAAAAAACAAUUCCCUCAGUAGAAUACACUACGCUAACUAAUAUGAACGUCACUGGUGAAGCCAUUGUAACUGAAGCUCCAACGAAAGACACGACAAUUCCGAGCACACGUAUAUCCGGAGUAACUACACCAGAAGAAGUGGCAACAUCCAAAUCGGUAACUACUAUAAGACCUGUUACCGAACUUCCCCCAGUACAAACAACCAUUGGAUAUACAUCAGGCCCUGCUGAGAAACAUACAACAACUCCUGAAGCGGUACCUACCAGACCAGUAACCGAAGUUCCUCCUGUUGAAACGACCCCUGUCCCUGGUGUGAAAUAUUCAACAACACCCGGAGCUGUUACCACUUCAGGACCAAUAAUCGAGGUUCCUUCGAGGCAAACGACUAUUGGAUAUACCGCUGUCCCUGGUGUGAAAGAUACAACAACAUCCGGAACUGUCACAACUAAAGGACCAGUUACCGAAGUUUCUUCAGUGGAAACGACCAUUGGAUAUACUACUGUUCCUGGUGUGAAAUAUACAACCACACCCGGAGCUAUCACAGCUGAAGGACUAGUAACCGAAGUUCCUUCAGUUGAAACGACCAUUGGAUAUACCGAUGUCCCUGGUGUGAAAUAUACACCAAUACCCGGAUCUGUCACAACUGAAGGACCAGUUACCGAAGUUCCUACGGUGGAAACGACUAUUGGAUAUACUACUGUUCCUGGCGUGAAAUAUACACCAACACCCGGAUCUGUCACAACUGAAGGACCAGUUACCAAAGUUCCUCCGGUGGAAACGACCAUUGGAUAUACUACUGUUCCUGGUGUGAAAUAUAAAACAACACUUGGAGCUGUCACAACUGAAGGACCAGUUACCAAAGUUCCUCCGGUGGAAACCACCAUUGGAUUUGCUACUGUUCCUGAUGUGAAAUAUACAACAACACCCGGAGCUGUCACAACUGAAGGACCAACUACCGAAGUUCCUUCGGUGGAAACCACCAUUGGAUAUACUACUGUUCCUGGUGUGAAAUAUACAACAACACCCGGAGCUGUCACAACUGAAAGACCAGUUACCGAAGUUCCUUCGGUGGAAACCACCAUUGGAUAUAAUACUGUUCCUGGUGUGAAAUACACAACAACACCCGGAGCUGUCACAACUGAAGGACCAGUUACCGAAGUUCCUCCGGUGGAAACGACCAUUGGAUAUACUACUGUUCCUGAUGUGAAAUAUACAACAACACCCGGAGCUGUCACAACUGAAGGAUCAGUUACCAAAAUUCCUUCGGUGGAAACGACCAUUGGAUAUACUACUGUUCCUGGUGUGAAAUAUACACCAACACCCGCAGCUGUCACAACUGAAGGACCAGUUACCAAAGUUCCUUCGGUGGAAACGACCAUUGGAUAUACCACAGUCGCUGGAAAGCAGGUCUCACCAAUAUCUGGAGCUGUGACAACUUCAGGACCUAUUACAGAGGUUUCUCCGCUAGAAACAACGUUGGAUUAUACGACACUUUCUGGUGUUAACGUCACAACUGCACCUCAGACAUUUGUUAAGAAAACCACAGAGCUAGUCAAUAUAGUGACACCAGCUGGUUACGGCACAGAAACACCUGUAACACAACGGACCGUUACAGUCACGCCAAUCUAUGUAGAAUCUACCACCCCUGAAAUGUUUUUACUAACUACACCUGAGUUUAAGCAGAUUAACACAAUGACUGAGCCUACGCUACUUGCAAAUCAGACCCUAUAUCCUCUACUACCCAGUACAAUGCCACCAAUAUUGGUACCAUCGACCACUUGCGCGACAGACCGAGACUGUACGAAAGUAGAAUUUUGUUUACGAGGGGAAUGCAUUAACCCGUGCCUGCUCUUACCGACUUUCUGUCGCAUGUAUAGUCCGAACUUUUCGAUUUGUCGCACAAUCAAUCAUGUGCCCAUGUGCUUUUGCGACACAGCAGCCGAUGUAAAUACUCCCGAUUGUCAUGUUAUAGCAGAAAUUGGCUGUUCCUCGAGCGAUGAAUGCCCAACACAACGUGCUUGCGUUAAUGGCGUUUGCCUGGAUCCCUGCUCGAUUGCUAAUCCUUGUGGCCGUGAGCAGGAGUGCCAGGUGAUAGAACAUCAACCAGUUUGUUCAAGAGUUUGCGAAUGUCAAAGCAAAGCCGAUUGCCAUGCCGGUUUCGAAUGCGAUGGUUGUCACUGCCGCCAAACAACUGGCCGCACACCUGGAUGUGAACACUGUCCAACAGGCACCAAUUGUGAUCCCACAACCGGGGCCUGCAUCAAAGCUAAUGUUACAAUAACAACCACCACUACCAAUAUAACAACUACCACCACAACCACAUCUAACCCAAUCACUGGUGUAACAAUCGACAUCACCGACACAACUAAAAUUGGCACCACCACGCGCACCAUCCCGACCACCACGGGCACCUCUAGCACGGCGGAAACAACAACGGGCGCCACAAUUGAAGAUACUACCACAAUUCCAAUCACUAGCCCCACCACCACCGAAACGCUACUUGAUCGCCCCACCACCGAGUCAGAGGACUCGAAUGCAACCACCAGCAAAACGGGCCCACCCAAGGGUUAUCGAGAUGGUGAAAAUAAUAUAACCGCUAGCACUGUACCAGAGCCGGCGACCACGACGCCAGCGUUUACGACUGUGUCCAUCUCAAGCUCCACCUCUUCCAGUUCGUCGAGCAGUAGCAGCUCGCGACGUGGUGAGGACAGCAAGGGUCCAUUUGACUCGCGCACAACAACGCCAAAAAUGAAAACCACCCGUAUAGAUACCUCAAAUGAAUUCGAUUAUAAUUAUACAACACUACUUACAACAACACAACGCAGUACAUUCCCCGUGACAGUGGUCACAGAACCCAUGAAAGAGUUGGCACAAACAACAAUGGGCAUACGUGAUUUGGUAACAACAAUGUUCCCGGUGAUAACACCACCGGGAGUGGAAAAAUCGACCGAACGUCCAACGGUGGCGGGUACAACGACACCUUACGUUUUUGAGACAAUCGAACCGUUGACGGCAAUGUCAACACCAUCCGCGCCGCCACCGACUAUACCGUCAAUAACAACAACAACGGCUGAGAGUGUCACUCCGAAAACUUUUGCAACAACAGAAAGCGAAACAGCAACAAUUCCUACUACUACCACCACCACCACUACUACUACAAUUAGCACAUCCACUGGUAUCACAAUGUUUAACCCUUGUACAGAUCAUACUAACUGUGGUUCUAAUCAAUUAUGCGUGCUGGGAGUGUGUCGCAACAAGUGUCGCGAUGGCGAGCCAAGCGAUGCGGAGUGUGUUAAAGAAUCACCCGGCUCACCAAAGAAUCCCGAACCAUGUCAGUCGAAUAAUGAUUGCAUUGAGAGCGAAGCAUGUUACAUGGGUCUAUGCCAUAAUCCUUGCGACUUUGCGAAUGUUUGUGCGCCGACCGCCAAAUGUGCGGCGAAAAUGCAUCGGCCGAUUUGUUCAUGCCCCAAGGGGCAUGAAGGUAAUCCGUCCAUUAAAUGCUCGCCCGUGGAUAGGACAAUUGAGUGCACACACAAUUCCGAUUGCGACAUUACCGAAGCUUGCAUUAAUCGGCGCUGUCAGCAUCCUUGCGACGCGCACAAUCCUUGCGCCCAAAAUGCGGUCUGUAUGAAUGCCAACCAUGCGGCGGAUUGUAGUUGCGUAGACGGUUACCAAGGCAACGGUUUUAUUGGCUGUCAACCAGCCCUCGACCAUACGCCCGUCUGUCAGUACAACGAAGAUUGUCCGCCGACGAAACUCUGCGAUCGUCUUAAUCGUCGUUGUAUCAAUCCCUGUUUUGAGGACUCUUGUGGCGAGAAUGCUGAAUGUAUACCAGUCAAUCAUGGCACGGAAUGUCGUUGCUUACCCGGUUUCUUGGGUAAUGCCUACAUCGAGUGCUCGCAGGUGCAGGGUUGUCGCGCCGACAGUGAGUGUGACGCCAGUCAGGCUUGUAUCAAUGGCAAAUGUGCUUCGCCAUGUCGCUGUGGUGCUAAUGCGCUCUGUGAUGUUAUCAAUCAUCGUGGUGUAUGCAAGUGUCCGCCAGGUUAUGCCGGACGGCCAGAAGUUGCUUGCAAUCCACCAACCAAUCCAUGUGAACCGAAUCCGUGUGGCGUCAAUGCGCUAUGUGAAUUAGAUAAUGGUAAUCCGAUUUGCUAUUGCCCGAAGGGACUCACCGGAAAUCCGUUUAAGAAUUGCAUUCCUGAAGGUGAUGAAUGUCGUCCGAAUCCUUGUGGCCCGAACUCCGGCUGUCGCAUAGUCGGUGGCUCACCUACAUGCUUCUGUCUGCCGGAAUAUGAAGGUCAGCCGCCAUUGGUGCCGUGCGAGAUACCUAAGAGUCCUUGCGAUCCAUCACCAUGUGGCCCGAAUACACAAUGCGCUAUACUUAGUAAUGGUUUCUCAAAAUGUACCUGCCUACCGGGUUAUGUGGAGAGCCCUAAUACGAUACGUGGCUGCAUCGAGCCUGUCAAUCCGUGUGAUCCCAGUCCAUGCGGUUUGGGCGCUGUUUGUGAUUCUUCACGUACACCAGUUUGCUUCUGUCCCGAUGGCAAAAUCGGUAAUCCUUUCAAGUCGUGCGAGAAACCACCUGUUUCCGAUGAGCUCUGUUCACCUGGUCCUUGUGGUCGUAAUGCUGAUUGUUAUGUUACCAGCAAUCGUGAAGAAUGCUAUUGUCGUUCCGGUUAUAUUGGUGAUCCAUAUCAGGGUUGUCGUGAACCACCGCGUAGCGCUUGUGAACCAAAUCCAUGUGGGCCGAAUACGGAAUGUGUUGUUACUGAUAAUGGCCAAAGCGCAUGUAUUUGCCAUGAUGGCCUCUCCGGUGAUCCCACAUCAAGUAAAGGCUGUCACGGAUAUGAAUGUCAAGUGGAUGGAGAUUGCCCGCACGAUAAAGCCUGUAUGGGCUUCAAGUGUUACGAUCCUUGUCCGGGUGCUUGCGGACACGGUGCCAAUUGCCGCGUGGAAGAACACCAUCCCGUAUGCUCAUGUAAUGCUGGCCUGACGGGCAAUCCGGGUAUACGUUGUUACGCUUUAGAUAUACCCAAAACACCAAGUCGCAAUCCAUGCCUACCCAGUCCAUGCGCCGUAAAUAGUGAAUGUAAGCUGAUUAAUAACCGCGCAGUUUGUUCUUGCCUACCUGGCUACUUAGGUAAUCCGCAAAGCGGCUGUCGAGCCGAGUGUGAUAUUAAUUCUGACUGUGGAACCGCACAAGCUUGCAUAAAUCACAAGUGUAUCGAUCCAUGCGCUGGAACAGUUUGUGGCAUAAAUGCUAUUUGUAGAGUUCAACAACACACGCCACUAUGUGCUUGUCUCGAUGGUUUUACCGGCGAUGCUUUCCGACAGUGCAUAGCUGUUGGAGUCCUCAGAAACGUAACCCGCGAUCCAUGUGUACCCUCACCCUGUGGGCCACAAGAUGUUUGCUCUGUAUAUGGCGACGGCGUGGCGCUCUGCGAUCCAUGCUUUGGAUCGAAUGCUCAACAUAAUCCACGUUGUCGCCCCGAAUGUGUCUCAAACUCCGACUGUCCGUUCGACCGCGCCUGUUUGGGACAACGUUGUUUGGAUCCUUGCCCAGGUUCGUGCGGACACAACGCAGUGUGUAAUGUGUACGAGCAUAAUCCCAUCUGUAGUUGUCCAGCGGACUUAUAUGGCAAUCCGUAUGAGCACUGCUCACCACCAUCGCCGUUCGUGCCAGCGCCAUCUCCGAGCUGUGAGAAAUUGCGGUGUGGUGCUAAUGCUGACUGUAAGAAACGAAAUGGCGCAUUGACAUGUGUCUGCCGCACAGGCUAUUUCGGCGAUCCAUUCAUUGGUUGUCGACCAGAAUGUGUUCUUAACUCCGAUUGUCCAGCUGAUAAAUCUUGCGUUAACUCUAAAUGUGUAGACUCGUGCGUCGGCGUUUGUGGCAUCAACGCGAUGUGUCGCAUUGUCAAUCGUGCACCUGUGUGUAUCUGCGUCGAAGGUUAUACUGGCGAUGCAGCCGUACAAUGUAAUCCCUACUACUUACCACCGCCAAGACCAAUGGAUCGUCCGCGAAACCCAUGUGAACCAUCACCAUGUGGUCCCAACUCACGUUGUCUCAUCUCACCCGAUGGUUAUGCCGCUUGCUCCUGUCUACCGAACUUCAAGGGCUCACCGCCAGUAUGCCAACCGGAAUGUGUUGUCAGCUCGGAGUGUGCCCUCAACAAAGCUUGUAUCAAUCAACACUGCGCUGAUCCUUGUCCCGGCACAUGCGGUGCGGAAGCACGUUGUGAGGUCUUAAACCACAAUCCCAUCUGUUCGUGUGAAUCCGGCUAUGAAGGUGAUCCAUUUGUUGCAUGCAGUCGCAUACCCGAGGAACGUACGGACGUUAAGAAGCCCGAAAAUCCAUGUGUGCCAUCACCGUGCGGACCCAACUCCAUUUGUCAGAUAAAACAAGGACGUCCCGUCUGCUCAUGUGUUGCCAAUUAUAUUGGUAGCCCACCGUAUUGUCGUCCAGAAUGUACGCUAAAUACUGAAUGUCCAGCGGAUAAGGCGUGUAUACAGGAGAAAUGUCAGAAUCCCUGCGCAGACACGUGCGGAUACAAUGCACGUUGUACGGUGAUUGCCCACGCGGCACACUGCAGUUGCGAACUAGGUUAUGAGGGUGACGCCUUUGUGGGUUGCUCUAAAAUCGAAGAGAAGCCAAAAGACCGCAUCGAUCCUUGCUAUCCCAGCCCGUGUGGUGAAAACGCAUUAUGUAGCGAACGUAAUGGCGAAGCACGUUGUAGUUGUAUUGAACCAUACAUCGGUGAUCCCUACACAACUGGCUGUCGUCCCGAAUGUGUCUACAAUGCCGAAUGCCCGUCAUCUUUGGCGUGUAUCAAACAGCAUUGUCGCGAUCCCUGCGUGGGUACUUGUGGUUCAAACGCCGAGUGUGUGGUGGUCAAUCACGUGCCAACUUGCAGUUGUGCGCGAGGUUAUGAAGGAGAUCCAUUCACCGGUUGCAAGCGAGAAGAUCAUCCAAUUCUUCCACUUAGUCCAUGCGAACCCACACCUUGCGGCGCUAAUAGCAUUUGUCGUGUGGUCGACGGUCGUCCCGCCUGCUCUUGUCAAGUAGGAUAUUUCGGCGCGCCACCAAACUGUCGUCCGGAAUGUGUUGUCAGCUCCGAGUGUUCACAGAAUUUGGCUUGUAUUAAUCAAAAAUGCGUAGAUCCUUGCAUCGGUACAUGUGGUUUCAAUGCCAAAUGUCAAGUUGUUAAUCACAAUCCAAUAUGUUCGUGCCCAGCCGACUAUAUGGGCGAUCCGUUCGAACAAUGUAUACCGAAACCACAAGAGCCACCACCGAAGGUCAACCCAUGCCUACCCAGCCCAUGUGGCCCGAACUCUGAAUGUCGUGAAAUGGAUAAUCGUGCUGCUUGUAGUUGUGCGCCAGGCAUGUUCGGUGCACCGCCCAACUGCCGCCCGGAAUGUGUUAUUCAUCAAGAUUGUCCAUCGAAUCGUGCUUGCAUACGUCAACGUUGUGAGGAUCCUUGUGCCGGAGCUUGUGGCUUUAAUGCCCUUUGUGUGGCGCAAAAUCACAAGCCGGUCUGCUCUUGCCUAGAGGGUUACGAAGGUGACCCGUAUGCUGGUUGCAAUACACCGCAAAUUGUAGUACCUGAUAUACCCGCCGAUCCAUGCAAUCCAACACCAUGCGGCUCGAAUGCCAUUUGUCGCAAUCGUAACGGCGCUGGUUCUUGCACUUGCAUACAAGACUACUUCGGCGAUCCGUAUAUCAACUGUCGACCAGAAUGUGUACAGAAUAGUGAUUGUGUAUCCCAAAAAGCUUGCGUUAAUAUGAAAUGCGUCGAUCCAUGUGUCGGCCUGUGUGGCUUCAAUGCCGAAUGUCGCGUAGCAAAUCAUCUGCCGGUUUGCACUUGCAUACCGGGCUUCACUGGCAAUCCAAUGCGUAGUUGCCACGAAAAACCGUCAAAUAUGUAUUUGCCUAUACCACGUGAUCCUUGUCGUCCCUCGCCUUGCGGCUUGUACAGUACAUGCCGUGUGACGGGCAAUCGUGCCGUUUGCUCGUGUCUUCCUAAUUAUAUGGGCCAUCCACCUAAUUGUAAACCGGAGUGUAUGCUGAGUUCCGAAUGUGCUUCGAAUAGGGCUUGUAUAAAUAUGCGCUGUCAAGAUCCAUGUCCAGGUACGUGCGGACAGAAUGCACGCUGUCGUGUUACCAACCACUCACCGAUUUGCAGCUGUACAGAUGGCUAUACAGGCGAUCCAUUCCAACAGUGUGUGCGCGAAAGAAAACCAAUAGCCGAACCACCACGUCAAAAACCCUGCGUGCCCAGUCCCUGUGGACCGAAUUCGCAAUGUCACGCUUCUAGAGGCGGUGCUGUCUGCUCGUGUAUGGCCAAUUAUAUUGGUCGACCACCGAAUUGUCGCCCGGAGUGCACCAUCAAUUCAGAGUGUCCAGCACAUCUGGCUUGCAUGAAUGCACGUUGCGCCGAUCCCUGCGUGGGCUCGUGUGGCAAUAAUGCACGCUGUCAAGUUAGUGCGCAUGCGCCGAUUUGUAUGUGUGAACCGGGUUACACCGGUGAUCCAUUCUCUGGCUGCUACAAAGUCAUACCAAUACCCGAUGAACCUGUACAACCAUGCAGACCCAGUCCCUGUGGCGUGAAUGCCAUUUGUGAUGUACGUGAUCGCGCGGCAUCAUGCAAAUGCAUACCCGAAUACUUUGGCGAUCCAUAUGUUGAAUGUCGACCGGAGUGUGUUAUCAAUUCGGAUUGUCCGAAGACACGUGCCUGCGUCAACAACAAAUGUAUCGAUCCUUGUCCGGGUAUGUGUGGGCGUAAUGCCGAAUGUGCGGUAUUCAACCAUGCGGCCAACUGUGAGUGCUUCAACGGUUAUACUGGAAAUCCAAUUAGCGGUUGCUUACCUAUACCGGAACCACCAUCACAACAUGAACCGCAGAUACCCGUCAACCCUUGUCAGCCAUCUCCUUGCGGCCUUUAUAGCAAUUGUCGUGCAGUCAACGGUCAUGCAGUCUGUUCAUGUUUGCCGAAUUACUUAGGUGCUCCACCCAAUUGUCGUCUGGAAUGUAUGAGCAGUUCUGACUGCGCACAAGACAAGUCCUGCAUCAACGAACGCUGCCGAGAUCCAUGUCCCGGUACUUGUGGAAAUAAUGCUCUUUGUCGCGUCGUCAAUCAUAAUCCGAUUUGCUCAUGUACACCUGGUUUCAUUGGUGAUCCAUUCGUACGCUGCGUCUAUGAAGAGAAACGUCCUAUUAUAAGAGAUCCUAUAAACCCAUGUGUACCAUCGCCGUGCGGCCCGAAUUCGCAGUGUCGCGUUUCAGAUACGAACGGUCAAGCUGUGUGCUCGUGUCUGCCCAACUACAUCGGCAGGGCACCGAAUUGCCGGCCCCAAUGCACAUCGAAUUCGGAGUGUCGCGGUAACAUGGCUUGCAUCAAUCAACGCUGUCAAGAUCCUUGCCAGGGUUCAUGUGGCUCAUACACAACUUGUAUUGUAAAUAAUCAUAGACCAUUAUGUCGCUGCUUGGAUGGUUAUACGGGUGAUCCUUUCUCUGAAUGUAGUCCGCAAAUUAAUAUACCGCCUGAAGUACCGAUGCCUUGCAAUCCCAGUCCCUGUGGGGCUAAUGCUGUUUGCAAAGAACGCAACGGUGUUGGUGCCUGCACUUGCAGGCCUGAAUACAGUGGAGAUCCGUACACCGAAUGUCGACCGGAAUGUGUACUCAACACCGACUGCCCGAAGAAUCUUGCUUGUAUGAAUAACAAAUGCCGCGACCCAUGUCCUGGUGUGUGCGGAGUUGGCGCCGAGUGUCAUGUCAUUAACCACGCACCGAGCUGCAGCUGUCCGUCGGGUUACACGGGUAACCCCUCGGAAUAUUGUCGCGAACAACCAAAACAACUCGAACCCGUACAACCUUGCCGUCCUUCGCCAUGUGGCCCUUACAGCCAGUGUCGUGAAGUGAACGGUCAUGCGGUCUGUUCAUGCAUUACUAAUUAUAUUGGUACCCCACCGUCUUGUCGCCCCGAGUGUUCGGUUAGUUCCGAAUGUUCGCAGGACAAGGCUUGUGUGAAUUUGCGUUGUGUAGACCCAUGUCCGGGCACUUGCGGCAACGAUGCACUUUGUAAGGUGACGAACCAUAAUCCGAUUUGCACUUGUCCGCCUGGUUACACAGGAGAUCCGUUCAUACGUUGCUCGCCAGUCGAACAUGAAGAACCACGUUUACCAACACGUCCAGGUAAUCCCUGCGUGCCCAGCCCUUGUGGACCGAACUCACAGUGUCGAGCUGUGGGUGAGACACCAGUUUGCUCUUGUUUGCCAAACUUUGUAGGACGCGCCCCCAAUUGUAGACCGGAAUGUACACAAAACUCGGAGUGUCCCUCUAAUUUGGCUUGUAUAAAUGAACGUUGUAAGGAUCCCUGUCCAGGUUCAUGCGGUUUUAAUGCUUUCUGCAAUGUGGUGAAUCAUUCACCAGUAUGCAUCUGCGAUACUGGCUAUACGGGUGAUCCGUUCGCCGGCUGCAAUCCAACGCCGGUUGCCAUACCUGACGAACGCCUUACACCCUGCGUACCAUCACCAUGCGGUCCCAACGCGGAAUGUAAAGAGCGCAAUGGCGCUGGUUCUUGUGUCUGCCUGCCGGAGUACUUUGGAGACCCCUACAGCGGUUGCCGCCCUGAAUGCAUUGCCAACUCUGAUUGUCCGCGUGACAAGUCUUGCGUGAACAACAAAUGUACCGACCCUUGUCCAGGUGUUUGUGGCUUGAAUGCGGAGUGCCGUGUAUCGAAUCAUGCGCCUACCUGCCUUUGUCUACAGGGUUACACGGGUAACCCGCUGAGCGCUUGCCGUGAAAUACAAGAGCUGCCACCAACCCCGAAAGAUACCAAUCCCUGCAUCCCCUCACCUUGUGGCCCCUACAGUCAAUGUCGUGAAGUUAACGGUCAUGCCGUUUGCUCCUGCCAGACCAACUUUAUUGGCUCACCACCGAAUUGUAAGCCCGAAUGCAUCGUUUCCUCAGACUGCGCACAAAAUCUUGCAUGUCAAAAUCAAAAAUGUGUCGACCCAUGUCCUGGCACUUGCGGCAGCGAAGCGCGUUGUCAGGUUAUUAACCAUUACGCAGCGUGCUCAUGCCCACCAGGUUACACUGGUGAUCCCUUCAGUAGAUGUACUAAAAUUAAAAUGGACGUGCCUCCAGUAGUAGCUAAACCUGGUAAUCCAUGUGUACCCUCACCGUGUGGACCCAACUCGAAAUGUGUCGAUGUUGGCGGUUCACCUGCAUGUUCCUGCCUACCCACAUACUUGGGCCGUCCACCGAACUGCCGUCCCGAGUGUCUAAGUAAUUCCGAUUGUGCAGCCACUUUGGCUUGUACGAAUCAAAAAUGUAUAGAUCCUUGUGUCGGCGCAUGCGGUGUACAUUCACAGUGUACAGUUAUUAAGCACAACCCAACGUGCCAAUGCGAGAUUGGCUACACUGGAGAUCCUUUCUCUGGUUGCGCCAUUGUAAAAAUGACUCCUACCGAAGCUCCUCGCAAUCCUUGUAAUCCUAGCCCAUGUGGGGCGAACGCUGUUUGUCGCGAACGGAACGGCGCUGGCUCUUGCUCGUGCUUACCCGAGUACUUUGGUGAUCCUUAUAGCGGCUGUCGACCGGAAUGUGUACAGAACUCAGAUUGUGACCGUUCACGCGCAUGCAUCAAUAAUAAGUGUCAGGAUCCUUGCCCCGGCGUUUGUGGCAUCAAUGCGGAAUGUCGAGUCUUCAAUCAUGCACCAAACUGUAUGUGCUUCGAUGGUUACACUGGGGAUCCACAUCGCUCGUGCGCCGUUAUUGAAGUUACUACGAUUACGCCAAUAAAUCCCUGUCAUCCAUCACCUUGUGGUCCGUACAGCGAAUGUCAUGAAUCGAAUGGUCAUGCCGUUUGCUCUUGUGUCGAUGGUUAUGUCGGUGCGCCGCCAUCUUGUAAACCGGAAUGUGUUGUCAGUUCGGAGUGUCCGCAAAAUCGCGCUUGCAUCAAUCAAAAGUGUGCGGAUCCUUGUCGUGGCGCAUGCGGCAAUAAUGCGCGUUGUCGUGUAGUCAAUCACAAUCCGAUUUGUACAUGUGCGCCUGGUUUAACCGGUGAUCCGUUCAGUACUUGCGUGCAAGAAGAGGAAACGCCGCGUAAUCCACAAAACCCAUGCAUUCCAUCGCCAUGCGGACCGAACUCACUGUGCCGUGAAAUUGGCGGACAAGCUGCAUGCUCGUGUCAGACCAAUUAUGUGGGUCGUCCACCCAAUUGUCGCCCGGAAUGUACAAACAAUGAUGAAUGCCCGAACAAUCUGUCCUGCCAGAACGAACGUUGCAUCGACCCCUGCCCUGGUUCAUGCGGUAAUAAUGCCUUCUGUAAAGUUGUGCAACAUAACGCAAUCUGUUCGUGCGCUGAUGGCUAUGAGGGUGAUCCAAUAACGGGUUGUGACCUAGUUCAGCCAGUAUUGCCGAAACAACCGCCAACAUCACCUUGUGAGCCCUCGCCUUGUGGACCACACGCGGAGUGUAGAGAACGUAAUGGCGCCGGAGCUUGCUAUUGUCACGAGGGCUUUGAAGGCAAUCCAUUCGAUACAGAACGUGGCUGCCGUCGUGAGUGCGAAGCUAAUGAUGACUGUUCCACCGCGCAGGCAUGUGUGCGCUUCAAGUGCGUAGAUCCUUGUAACAAUAUUUGUGGCGAGUUCGCUAUUUGUUCGGUGGAGAAUCAUGUGCCUACUUGCAACUGCCCACCUGGCUACACAGGCGAUCCAUUCUUCCAAUGCAAACAAAUACCUGUCACUCCACCACCAAUAAUCAACCCAUGCGUGCCUUCGCCGUGCGGUCCAAAUAGUAUCUGUCGCGAAAUAAACGAACAAGCUGUUUGCUCCUGUCAAUCCGGUUUCAUCAAUCAGCCACCCAACUGCCGUCCUGAGUGUAUCGUUAGCUCAGAGUGUGCGCCGGAGCGCGCCUGUGUCAACAAUAAAUGUGUGGAUCCCUGCUUACAUACCUGCGGUAUUCGCGCCAUUUGCACAACGAAGAAUCAUAGCCCGAUCUGCACCUGUGCACGAGGCAUGACUGGCGAUCCAUUCGUACAAUGCUCGAAAAUACCAAUCAUACAUGAACCUACUGCUACGGAGCGACCACCGUCCUGCGUACCAUCGCCAUGCGGACCUAAUUCGAAAUGUCAAAUUGUCGGCGGCAAUCCAGCGUGCUCUUGUCUACAGGACUUUAUCGGCGCACCGCCGAACUGUCGGCCCGAAUGUGUACUCAACUCAGAAUGUGGUCCCACGGAAGCGUGCAUUAAUCAGAAGUGCCGUGAUCCAUGUCCCGGCUCUUGUGGAUUCGAAGCCAAAUGUCAUGUUCUCAAUCACAUACCGAUUUGCAAUUGUAUUGACGGUUAUACUGGCGAUCCAUUUAUACGUUGUAGUCCCAUACCGCCAGUUACGGAAGCACCGAAAACGCAAAACGAUCCAUGCGAUCCAAGUCCAUGCGGCCCGAAUGCGGACUGUUUCAAUGGCGAGUGUCGUUGUCAAGACAAUUACCAAGGAAACCCCUACGAUGGUUGCCGUCCCGAAUGUACGCUAUCAGCAGAUUGUGCACGAGAUAAGGCCUGCAUGCGUAACAAAUGUGUGGAUCCAUGCCCUGGUACUUGCGGCAUCAAUGCCGUGUGUGAAGUACUGAAUCAUAUACCAGUGUGCUCAUGCAUACCCGACUAUGAAGGCGACCCGUUUAGUAAGUGCAGACCUAAAGUUAUCAUUAAGCAACCGGAACAAGUUUGCUCACCAUCACCCUGCGGUGCUAAUAGUCAGUGUCGCGAUGUCAACGGUCAUGCAGUGUGCUCGUGCUUAGAUGGUUAUAUUGGCAGUCCCCCACAAUGUCGUCCCGAAUGUGUAGUGUCAAGCGAGUGUUCGGCCCUGCAAGCCUGUGUCAACAAAAAGUGUACCGACCCAUGCGCCGGCGCUUGUGGUAUUGACGCACGUUGUGAAGUUAUCAAUCAUAGUCCGAUUUGCGGUUGUCCACCAGGCAAAACGGGUGAUCCAUUCCAACGUUGUUUGGACUUACCACCACCAGAACCACCAAAAUCACGCGAUCCCGAUGUACCACGUGAUCCCUGCGUACCAUCGCCAUGCGGUCCCAAUUCGAUUUGUAAAGCUAGUGCUAGUGGCCCUUCAUGCCAGUGUUUGCCAGAGUUCUUCGGCUCACCGCCAAAUUGCCGACCGGAAUGUAUCAUCAAUCCCGACUGUCCAUCAAGUCAAGCGUGUAUAAAUAACAAAUGUAGUAAUCCAUGCCCCGGAUCCUGCGGUACAAAUGCCGAGUGUCGCGUUAUUAGUCAUACUGUGUCUUGUUCAUGUCCCGUCGGCUUUGCGGGUAAUGCUUUCGUGCAAUGUGUACCAGCACUUGAAGAGCCCAUCAAACCGUGCGAACCUUCACCAUGUGGACCGAAUGCUGAAUGUAUUGAACGCAAUGGCGCCGCCUCCUGUAAAUGUAUUGACGAUUAUCAAGGCAAUCCUUACGAUGGCUGCCGGCCUGAAUGUAUACUCAGCUCUGAUUGUCCUACAGACAAAGCUUGUAUACGCAACAAAUGUAAAGAUCCCUGCCCGGGUAUUUGUGGUUCCAACGCGCAGUGCUACGCUGUCAAUCAUGUGCCGAACUGUGUUUGUAAUGAAGGCUAUACCGGCGAUCCGUUCUCUAACUGUCAACGUCAAAUUGCGCCACCACAACCACCACCACAAGGCAACCCUUGCCAGCCAUCACCUUGUGGACCCAACAGUAGAUGUCGCGUGGCAAAUGAACUCGCUGUCUGCUCAUGUCUUGACGCAUUUAUUGGUGCACCACCCAAUUGCAAACCGGAGUGUACCGUUAACACAGAAUGUCCACAAAACAAAGCGUGUCACAACUUUAGAUGUGCAAACCCAUGUGCUGGCACAUGUGGCGUAGACGCUAAAUGUGAAGUAAUCAACCAUAACCCGAUUUGUAGCUGCCCACUUGAUAUGACAGGUGAUCCGUUCUCCCGUUGCUACCCAGCACCUCCAGCGCCGAAGGAUGAGCCGAAGCCCAGAAAUCCAUGUUAUCCAUCACCUUGUGGUCUAUACGCCGAAUGUCGUGUGAACGGCGAUCAACCAUCAUGCUCAUGCCUGCCCAACUAUAUCGGCGCGCCACCAAACUGUCGCCCAGAAUGUGUGGUAAACACUGACUGUCCUUCGGAUAAGAGUUGCAUAGCAGAGAAAUGCCGCAAUCCAUGUGAGGGCACCUGUGGCAUUAACUCUGAAUGCCGCAUACAAAAUCAUCUGGCUAUAUGCACAUGCCGCAAUGGUUUCACAGGUGAUCCAUUUUCACAAUGUAUUGAAAUAAUCGAAAUAAAGACACCACCAACCGCUUCGACUGAUCCCUGCGAACUGCAACCAUGUGGCGCCAAUGCGGAAUGUGACGGCGGUAUCUGCACGUGCAUACGUGAUUAUCAGGGUGAUCCCUACGUGGGAUGUCGUCCGGAGUGUACGCUCAGUACGGAUUGUUCACCGAAUCGUGCUUGUUUGAAUAAGAAAUGCGUGGAUCCUUGCCCGGGCACUUGUGGACAGAGUGCACAGUGCGAUGUCAGCAAUCACAUACCGAUUUGCAGUUGUCCAAAGGGUUACACUGGCGAUCCGUUUAUCAAUUGCCAUCCUGAAGUGCUACGCGAGCCAGCACCUAAAGAUCCCUGCCAUCCGAGUCCUUGCGGACCCAACAGCGUGUGUCAAGCCAGCGCACAAGGAGCCGUCUGCGCUUGUCAACCCGGCAUGUUGGGCUCACCACCAGCCUGCAAGCCGGAGUGUAUCGUCAGCUCCGAGUGUUCACUACAAACAGCUUGCAUACAAAAGAAAUGUGUUGAUCCAUGCCCCGGUGCUUGUGGCCAAUUCGCCAGAUGUCAAGUAAUCAAUCACAAUCCGAUUUGUACAUGCAACAAUGGCUACACAGGUGAUCCCUUCACACGUUGCUAUCAAGAGGAACGCGUCGAGGAGAAGAGACCACCACCCACCAAUCCAUGUAUACCAUCACCAUGUGGUCCAAACUCUGAAUGUAAAGUUAUAGGCGAUAGUCCAGCCUGUUCAUGCGCAGUCAGCUUCUUGGGUAAACCACCAAAUUGUCGUCCAGAAUGUACCAUCAAUCCGGAAUGUCCGCCCACCAAGGCGUGUAUACGUCAGAAAUGUGAGGAUCCCUGCGCGGGCUCUUGCGGCUUCAACGCGCGUUGCAAUGUGGCCAAUCAUAUGCCCAUUUGCACAUGUGAAGUGGGAUACACUGGUGAUCCGUUCACCGGCUGCCAGCCAGUACAAGAGCGUAUUGUAUACGAGCAAAUUACACCGUGUAUACCGAAUCCUUGCGGUACGAAUGCUGUUUGUCGCGAACAGAAUAGCAUUGGCUCGUGUCAGUGUCUGCCAGAUUAUUUCGGCGAUCCCUAUCAAUCGUGUCGUCCCGAAUGUGUACGCAAUUCGGAUUGCCCCAUUGUACAGGCAUGUACUCAGCAGAAAUGUCGCGAUCCAUGUCCAGGCACAUGUGGCACUAACGCUGAAUGCAGCGUCACUAAUCAUGUGCCGACUUGCAUGUGUCGCAUCGGUUAUACGGGUGAUCCCUAUCGUUAUUGUCAUGUGGAGCCACCAGCACCGAUACGUCAGGAGCCACCCACCAAUCCCUGUCAACCCUCACCCUGUGGACCCAACUCACAGUGUCGUGAACUCAACGGUCAAGCCGUGUGUUCAUGUCUUGAACGUUAUAUCGGCGUACCACAUAAUUGUCGGCCGGAGUGUGUACUGAGCACGGAGUGUUCAGCUGAUAGGGCUUGCAUAAAUCAACGUUGUCAGGAUCCUUGUCCGGGCACGUGUGGCACAAAUGCUGAGUGCCGGGUGCGUAAUCAUAGUCCUUUAUGCUUGUGUCGCAAUGGUUUUACCGGCGACGCUUUCACCCGUUGCUACCCCAUACCACCGCCACUACCAGCUAUUACGCACAUCGAACGUGAUCCUUGCGUACCCUCACCUUGCGGUCCACAAAGUGAGUGUCGCAACAUUAACGGCGUACCCUCUUGUUCCUGUCUACAGAGCUAUAUUGGCGCGCCACCAAACUGUCAUCCGGAAUGUACAAUCAGCGCUGAGUGUUCUUCGAAUAAGGCCUGCAUAAAUGAGAAAUGCAUCGACCCCUGCCCAGGCUUGUGCGGCUUUGCCGCAGAGUGCAGUGUUAUCAAUCAUACGCCAAUUUGUGUAUGCCCCGCAGGCUACACAGGUGAUCCCUUCAGCAAUUGCCGUCCACUACCGCCAGAACCGAUCAAGAAUGAACCUGUUGAUCGCUGCCAUCCCUCCCCAUGUGGCGCUAAUGCGCAAUGUAAUAAUGGCGUCUGUAGUUGCUUGCCGGAGUACCAAGGAGAUCCGUACACAGGUUGUCGUCCCGAAUGUGUAUUGAAUACUGAUUGCUCCCGCGAUAGGGCUUGCAGACGCAGCAAAUGUAUCAACCCAUGUCCUGGCACUUGUGGUGAGAAUGCCAUAUGCGAUGUGAUAAAUCAUAUACCCAUGUGUAGGUGCCCAGACGGUACGGUAGGCAGUGCUUUCAUCCGCUGUAGUCCUGCGCCAAAUAUCGUUGUCACAAACCCAUGCCACCCCUCACCAUGCGGGCCUAACUCUCAGUGUCGCGAAGUCAACCAACAAGCAGUAUGCUCUUGUCUGCCAAACUACAUGGGUAGUCCUCCAUCUUGCCGCCCCGAGUGUGUUUCGAAUUCCGACUGUGCGCCUACGCAAGCUUGUUUGAACCAGAAAUGUGGCGAUCCAUGUCCGGGCACGUGUGGUAUUGGAGCUAAGUGCACCGUGGUCAAUCACAGUCCUUUCUGUACGUGUCCGCCGCGCUUCAGUGGGAAUCCGUUCAUACGCUGUCAACCGAUAAUUGAACCAACACGUGACGUUGUACAAAUGGAUCCAUGUCGCCCGUCGCCUUGCGGGCCUUACUCACAAUGUCGUCCCAUCGGUGAAGCACCAUCCUGUUCAUGUCUUGAAUCAUAUAUAGGUCGCCCACCCAACUGUCGACCAGAAUGCGUUACGAGCUCUGAUUGUCCGACUGCCUUGGCUUGUAUUAAUCAAAAAUGUGUUGAUCCUUGCCCAGGUCGUUGCGGCGUAAACGCGGAAUGUCGUGUAGUCAGUCAUACAGUGCAAUGUCAUUGUGUAGUCGGCUACACUGGUGAUCCGUUCGUGCAAUGUCAUCUAUUACCAGAGCGUGACGAAAUCGAAGUGCGCACACCCUGCAGUCCGAAUCCAUGUGGCCCCAAUGCAGUAUGUCGAGAACGUAAUGGCGCUGGCUCAUGCGCUUGUUUGCCUGAAUAUUUCGGCAAUCCCUACGAAGGUUGUCGGCCAGAGUGCGUAAUGAAUUCGGACUGUCCAUCAAACAAGGCGUGCCAACAACAGAAAUGCCAGGAUCCUUGUCCAGGUGCCUGUGGUCAGAACGCCGACUGUCAAGUGGUGAAUCACUUGCCUUCGUGUACAUGUAUCACUGGCUACACUGGCGAUCCAUACCGUAUCUGUACGCGUCCUAUUGAACCCGUACGCAUGGAAUACGUUAAUCCAUGUCAACCAUCACCCUGUGGCCCGAACUCACAAUGUCGGGAAUCUAACGACCAAGCCGUGUGCUCUUGUCUACCUGAGUUUAUUGGCACACCACCAGCUUGUCGGCCCGAGUGCACCAUCUCUUCGGAGUGCACCACCGACAAGGCUUGCAUCAACCAGAAGUGUGUUGACCCAUGUGCGGCUAACCCUUGUGGCAACAAUGCUCAAUGCCGCGUCAGGAAUCAUAGUCCCAUCUGUAGCUGCAAUAAUGGUUUUACCGGCGACGCUUUCACAAGAUGUUACCCUAUACCACCACCAGCCAUCGAAGUUGAGCGCGAGGAAUAUCGUGACCCUUGCCUACCAUCACCGUGUGGCCCAAAUGCCGAAUGUCGCAACGUAAAUGAUGUUCCCUCAUGUUCUUGUUUAGCUGAGUUCAUCGGCCAACCACCUAACUGUCGUCCUGAAUGUACCAUCAACUCUGAGUGUCCGAGCCAACAGGCUUGCAUCAACCAGAAAUGUCGCGAUCCAUGCCCUGGUGCUUGUGGUUUAAAUACCGUCUGUCGCGUAAUCAACCAUACACCGACUUGCCUGUGCGUCGAUGGUUAUGUAGGAAAUCCAUUCAUCAAUUGUAAUCCUAAGGCACCAGAGCCUACGCAACCACCAGUAAACGAUGAUCCUUGCAAUCCCUCACCAUGCGGCUCGAAUGCUCUGUGUAACAACGGUCAAUGUAGCUGUAUCGCCGAAUACCAAGGUAAUCCGUUAGUCGGAUGUCGUCCGGAAUGUGUCUUGAACUCUGACUGUGUACGUGACCGUGCUUGCGUGCGCAAUAAAUGCAUCGAUCCGUGCCCCGGCACUUGCGGCACAAACGCUAUUUGUAUAGUUAACAACCACGUGCCCAUGUGCCACUGUCCGGACAAUAUGUCGGGCAAUGCGUUCUUCGAAUGUCGCGUCAUUGAAAAACCUGUUGUUCAUAAUCCUUGUCAACCCUCGCCAUGCGGCCCGAACAGUCAGUGCCGUGAACUGCAAAAUGUAGGCGUAUGCUCCUGUUUGCCCGACUUCAUCGGUAGUCCACCGCUGUGCCGACCGGAAUGUACAAUGAACUCCGACUGUCCACCCGAUCAAGCAUGUCAGAAUUCCAAGUGCCGUGACCCAUGUCCCGGUACAUGUGGCUUCAAUGCCGUAUGCAACGUUGUUAACCAUAACCCAUUCUGCACUUGUCAAGGGCAAAUGACAGGUGAUCCUUUUGUGCGUUGCCAGGAAAUAAUUGCACCCAUACGAGACAUCUCACCGGCCAACCCGUGCAUACCCUCACCUUGUGGUCCAAACUCCGAGUGUCGCCCGUCUGGUGACUCAGCAUCGUGCUCAUGUCUGCCUGACUUUACAGGCGCACCUCCAAACUGCCGUCCUGAAUGCGUUUCAAACUCAGAAUGUCCGUCCACACAGGCGUGCAUAAACCAGAAAUGCAGAGAUCCAUGCCCUGGACUGUGCGGUCUCAAUGCGAAUUGUCGAGUCUUAAGUCACACACCGAUGUGCCUUUGUCAUGAUGGCUACACCGGCGACCCAUUCUCGCAAUGUAGUCCUAUACGUGCGGCACCGAUUGAGGUUUUGCGACCAUGCAGUCCCAGUCCAUGCGGCAUCAAUGCCAGGUGUGAAGAACGUGACAACGCAGGCUCUUGCCAGUGUCUGCCAGAGUACUUUGGUAAUCCGUACGAAGGGUGUCGUCCAGAAUGUGUACUCAACUCAGAUUGUCCGUCUAAUAAGGCUUGCCAAAAUCAGAAAUGCGUCGACCCCUGCCCGGGUACUUGUGGCACAAAUGCAAUAUGUCAAGUCAUCAAUCAUCUGCCGUCCUGCGAAUGUUUUACGGGCUACGUCGGUGAUCCAUAUCGACUGUGUCAAGUUGUGCAGGAAGAACCGCCAAAAGUAUAUGUUAAUCCAUGUCAACCAUCGCCUUGCGGUCCCAACUCCCAAUGUCGUGAAGUUAACGGUCAAGGUGUUUGCUCGUGCUUGCCCGAAUAUAUCGGUAGUCCUCCCGCUUGUCGACCAGAGUGCACGUCCAGUUCCGAGUGUGCCGCUGACAAGGCUUGUAUUAACCGAAAAUGCGUCGAUCCCUGUCCAGGCGUGUGUGGAGAGAAUUCUGAAUGUCGCGUUAGAAAUCACAGCCCCAUAUGCACAUGCAGUAACGGCUUCACCGGUGACGCUUUCGUACGCUGCUUCCGUGUUAUAACACCGGUUUCAAUUCCACCGCCGCAGCGCCAACCACAAGACCCAUGCGUACCAUCACCAUGUGGGCCAAACUCACAGUGUCGCGAUGUACGCGGCACACCGUCCUGCUCUUGUUUGCCAAAUUUCAUUGGUACACCACCAGCCUGUCGUCCAGAAUGUAGUCUCAACUCCGAGUGCCCCAGUCAUCAGGCGUGUAUUAAUCAGAAAUGUCGUGAUCCUUGUCCGGGUUCAUGUGGCAUUAGCGCUAUAUGCAAUGUUAUCAACCACACGCCGAUCUGUACUUGUGAAACUGGUUUCACGGGUAAUCCCUUCACCGUCUGUAAUCCCCUACCACCGCCACGAACUGAAAUCGUGACACAAGACGAUCCGUGUGUACCAUCGCCAUGUGGCUCGAACGCACUGUGCAACAAAGGGCAGUGCACUUGCAUACCUGAAUACCAUGGUGACCCCUAUUCUGGUUGUCGCCCGGAAUGCGUGCUACACACCGACUGCGCCAGAGAUCGUUCCUGCGUACGCCAUAAAUGCGUUGAUCCAUGUCCGGGGACAUGUGCUUCUAAUGCUAUCUGCGAAGUUAUGAAUCACAUACCGAUUUGUCGCUGCGCAGAUGGUAUGGAAGGUAAUGCCUUCGUACAAUGCACGCCCAUACCGAAGUUAGACGUGCCUACAAAUCCCUGUCAACCAACGCCAUGCGGUCCGAAUAGCCAAUGUCGAGAGGUAAAUCAACAAGCUGUUUGCUCUUGCAUCGCUUCCUACAUCGGUAGUCCACCCUUCUGUCGGCCGGAAUGUACAACGAAUUCGGAGUGCCCGCUUAAUCAAGCGUGUCUCAACCAGAAAUGUAACGAUCCUUGUCCAGGCGUUUGUGGCAACAACGCUUUAUGUCAUGUCGCCAAUCAUAGUCCAUACUGUCGUUGUCCCGACAGAUAUUCCGGUAAUCCAUUUGUGAGUUGUCAACCGAUCUUAGAAUCACCAGAGCCACGACCGCCAAGUCAACCAUGCGUACCAUCGCCUUGUGGUGCGUUCUCUGAGUGUCGCGUUGUUGGUGAAACCCCAUCCUGCUCUUGCUUGCCCGACUAUAUUGGGGCACCACCCAAUUGUCGUCCCGAAUGCGUGACCAGCUCAGAGUGCGCUACAAACUUGGCGUGCAUCAAUCAGAAAUGCAAAGAUCCCUGUCCAGGCUUGUGUGGUAAUAAUGCUUUAUGUCGUGUGCUCUCGCACACUCCAAGCUGUUAUUGUCCUGCGGGCUUUGAAGGCGAUCCAUUCGUACAAUGUGUUGAGAUCAAAAUUCCACUACUGGAUCACAUAGAUCCCUGCAAUCCCAGUCCGUGCGGUCCGAAUGCCCGUUGUACACAACGUAAUGAUGCUGGUUCUUGCCAGUGCUUACCCGAAUACUACGGCAAUCCUUACGAAGGUUGCACACCCGAAUGUAUGUUGAAUUCCGAUUGCGCCUCGGACAAGGCUUGUCAGAAUAUGAAGUGUCGCGAUCCAUGCCCUGGCACCUGUGGGCAGAAUGCCAUUUGCGCAGUGUUGAAUCAUGUGCCAACAUGUAAUUGUAUACCUGGCUAUAACGGUGAUCCAUAUAGAGGGUGUCAAGUCGAGAAACAACCUAUUAAGGAAUAUGUCAACCCUUGUCAGCCUACACCAUGUGGCCCCAACUCACAGUGUCGCGAAGUCAAUGAGCAGGCUGUAUGCUCUUGUCUGCCAGAAUACAUAGGCAGUCCACCACUCUGUCGCCCCGAAUGCACUAUCUCCAGUGAAUGCGCUUUCAACAAGGCAUGUAUCAACCAGAAAUGUGCUGAUCCCUGUCCUGGGACUUGUGGACAAAAUGCCAAUUGUCGCGUACACAAUCACAGCCCUAUCUGCUCUUGUCGUCCCGGCUUUACAGGGGAUGCUUUUUCUCGUUGUUUCGCCAUACCACCUGCACCACCAGCGCCCGUACAGCGUCAACCUGUCGAUCCCUGCGUGCCUUCACCGUGUGGCCCGAAUUCUCAAUGUCGUCUCGUCGGCGACUCACCUUCGUGUUCCUGUUUACCCAGCUAUAUUGGCGCACCACCCGCUUGUCGACCGGAAUGUACUAUAAACGCUGAGUGUCCUAGCAGUCAGGCUUGUAUAAAUGAGAAAUGUCGUGAUCCUUGUCCCGGCUCUUGCGGUUUGGGUGCCGUAUGUAAUGUUAUCAAUCACACGCCCACCUGUGUUUGUCAGUCUGGUUAUACCGGCGAUCCAUUUACUUAUUGCACACCAGAGCCACCACCAAAACUUGUUGUCAAAGACGAUCCCUGCAAUCCUUCUCCUUGUGGCUCAAAUGCUCGUUGCAUUGAUGGAGUUUGUACCUGUCUUCCAGAAUAUCAGGGUGAUCCUUACACCGGUUGUCGUCCAGAAUGCAUACUUAACACAGACUGUCUACGCGAUCGCGCCUGCAUACGAAAUAAAUGCGUUGACCCCUGCCCCGGUACUUGCGCAUCCAACGCGCUCUGCAGCACUGUAAACCACAUACCGAUCUGUUCGUGCCCAACUGGCAUGUCCGGCAACGCUUUCAUACAGUGCUCGCCAAUACCACCGCCCGUUAAGGUUAAUCCUUGUCAAUCAUCACCUUGUGGUCCGAAUUCACAGUGCCGUGAAGUCAAUGAACAAGCAGUUUGUUCAUGCAUUCCAGGAUUCAUUGGCGCGCCACCAACUUGCCGUCCAGAGUGUACAGCAAACCAGGAAUGUGCAGCUAACUUGGCUUGCAUCAACCAGAAAUGCGUCGAUCCAUGCCCUGGCACAUGUGGACGCAACGCGCAAUGCAGUGUCGUGAAUCACAAUCCAUUCUGCACUUGUAUACCACAAUAUACCGGUAACCCAUUCGUCGCCUGCCAGCGCAUUAUCGAACCACCGAAACAGGAUGUCAUACCCAGUGAUCCUUGUCGCCCCUCACCAUGUGGUCCAAAUUCAGAAUGUCGCGCCAUCGGAGAUACGCCAUCAUGCACGUGUUUAGCGAACUUCAUAGGAUCGCCGCCAUAUUGUAAACCAGAAUGUGUUUCGAACUCAGAAUGCGCGUCCAACAAAGCUUGUAUUAAUCAGAAAUGUAUAGGCCCAUGCCCAGGAUUAUGUGGUGUAGGCGCCGAAUGUCACGUCCUAUCGCAUACACCACACUGCAACUGCUUACCAGGUUAUACUGGUGAUCCGUUCACCGCUUGCGAACCCAUACGUGUUUUAGCACCGAUAGAGGUGGUCAGACCCUGUUCGCCAUCCCCUUGUGGCGCUAACGCUAAUUGUAUCGAACGUAAUGGCGCGGGCGCCUGUCAAUGCUUGCCUGAAUACUUUGGCAAUCCUUAUGAAGGUUGCCGACCGGAAUGUGUACUCAAUUCAGACUGCCCAUCAAACAAAGCUUGCCAGAAUCAGAAAUGUGUAGACCCCUGCCCGGGAACCUGCGGUCAAAAUGCUGAAUGUAAUGUCGUCAAUCAUAUACCAACGUGUAACUGCUUUGUCGGUUAUACCGGAGAUCCGUACAGUUAUUGCACAAGACCAACAGAACCCAUAGUACAAGAGUACAUAAACCCAUGUCAACCCAGCCCAUGUGGACCAAAUUCACAAUGUCGCGAAGUAAACGGUCAAGCCGUAUGCUCUUGCCUUAGUGACUUUAUAGGCGUUCCACCUUCUUGUAGACCCGAGUGUACUUCAAGUUCUGAGUGUACCGCGGAUAAGGCGUGUAUAAAUCGUAAAUGUGUCGACCCUUGCCCCGGUGUGUGCGGCCAAAGCGCCAUAUGUGAAGUGCGCAAUCAUAGUCCAAUAUGUUCCUGCCGUAGUGGCUUAACGGGUGAUCCGUUCGUACGUUGUUAUCCGCUACCACUGCCGACGCCUCCUCAACCCGCCGAUAUAUAUCGUGAUCCUUGUGUGCCAUCGCCGUGUGGUCCAUACGCCACUUGUCGCAAUCAAAAUAAUGUGCCAUCUUGCACGUGCCAAAUAAAUUACAUAGGCUCCCCGCCAAACUGUCGUCCGGAGUGUACUGUAAACUCUGAUUGCGCCAGCAGUCAGGCGUGUAUAAAUGAACGUUGUCGCGAUCCCUGCCCGGGCGCAUGCGGAGUGAACACUGUGUGUAACGUUAUAAAUCACACACCGAACUGUGCUUGUGCACCCGGUUAUAUAGGCGAUGCUUUUGUUGCUUGUCAUCCAGCGCCACCAACUUCACCACCACAACAAGAAACCAUCGAUCCUUGCAAUCCAAGCCCAUGUGGACCCAACGCGGUCUGCUCUGGAGAUGGGCAGUGUGCUUGUAUCGCUGAUUAUCAGGGUGAUCCGUAUGUCACCUGUAAGCCAGAAUGUAUAUUAAAUGCAGAGUGUCCACGUGAUCGUGCUUGUAUACGUCAGAAGUGCGUAGACCCCUGUCCAGGCACUUGUGGCACGGAGGCCAUAUGCGAAGUUUAUAAUCAUGUGCCCAUGUGUCGUUGUCCUGAACGUAUGACCGGCAAUGCAUUCGUACAAUGCUUGCCUGUACAAACUGACAUUUACCGAAAUCCUUGUCAACCAUCACCUUGCGGUCCAAACUCACAGUGUCGCGAAAUUAACUCCCAACCCGUUUGUAGUUGUCUGCCUACAUAUCUGGGUAGCCCACCAUCAUGUCGUCCAGAAUGUACGAGCAACUCUGAUUGUGCACCGAAUCGCGCAUGUCAAAAUCAACGCUGCGUAAAUCCUUGCCCAGGCACAUGUGGUUUAUACGCGAAAUGCUCGGUAGUUAAUCAUAAUCCGUUCUGCGCAUGCAGUGAACGUUACACGGGCAAUCCUUUCGUACAAUGUCGUCCGAUAAUUGAGCCAGUACACGACGUAACGCCUGUUAAUCCAUGUCAGCCUUCACCGUGUGGUCCAAACAGUCGCUGUCAACCAGUGGGUGAUUCUCCAUCAUGUUCGUGUCUUGAGAACUUCUUUGGUCAACCUCCGAACUGUCGCCCGGAAUGUGUAACGAACUCAGAGUGUUCAUCUAAUAAUGUCUGUCGAAAUAAUCGCUGUAUAGAUCCAUGUCCUGGUCUGUGCGGCAACAAUGCCCUAUGUCGUGUAAUAAGUCAUUCAGCAAUGUGUUAUUGUGAAAAUGAGUACGCCGGUGAUCCAUUCGUGCAGUGCACACCGAUUAUGCGUGCACCAACUGAAGUUAUCGAUCCCUGCAACCCCAAUCCAUGUGGUUCAUUUGCCGAAUGUCUGCAACAAAAUGGAGUAGGUUCUUGUAAAUGUUUGCCUGAAUAUUUCGGUAAUCCCUACGAGGGUUGUCGUCCUGAAUGUGUGCUCAACUCAGAUUGCCCAUCGAAUAAGGCGUGUAUCAACCAAAAAUGCCGCGAUCCCUGUCCAGGUACUUGCGGCUUAAACGCUGAGUGCCACACAAGAAAUCAUUUGCCCACCUGCACGUGUUUAUUCGGGUAUGUCGGCGAUCCGUACCGUUAUUGUGCUGUAGAAGAGAAACCUCAACUACAAGAGUACGUUAAUCCGUGCCAACCAUCUCCUUGUGGACCAAAUAGUCAGUGUCGCGAAGUGAACAAUCAAGCCGUCUGCUCAUGUCUUCCAGAAUUUAUUGGUAUGCCACCCGCCUGCCGACCCGAAUGUACCAUCAGUGCUGAGUGUAGUUUUGACAAGGCUUGUAUCAAUCAAAAAUGCGUGGAUCCAUGUCCGGGUGUGUGCGGUACAGGAGCCAAGUGUCUAGUACGCAAUCAUGCGCCACUUUGCUCUUGUCAGCGUGGCUACACCGGCGAUCCAUUUACUCGUUGCUAUCCGAUACCUCCGCCACCACCAACAGUUGUUGCCGAACCAAUACGCGAUCCUUGCUUGCCUUCGCCUUGUGGUCCUAACUCGCAAUGCAGAAAUGUAAACGGUCAAGCCUCCUGCUCUUGUUUGGCCAACUUUUUUGGUGUACCGCCGAACUGUCGGCCAGAAUGCGUUACUAAUUCAGAAUGCUCGUCAAAUUUUGCUUGCAUGAAUAAUCGCUGCACCGAUCCUUGCCCGGGUUCCUGCGCGUAUAAUGCUUUGUGCAGAGUGAUAAAUCACAUUCCAAUUUGCUCGUGUCCCCAGGAUUAUGUAGGUAAUCCAUUUACCAGUUGCCAGCCAGCGCCUCCACCAAAACCGCCAGUAAAGGAUGAUCCAUGCAAUCCGUCACCUUGCGGCCCCAACGCUAUAUGUAACGACGGACAAUGUACUUGUAUAUCUGAAUAUCAAGGCGACCCCUUCAUUGGUUGUCGCCCUGAGUGUGUGCUUAACUCCGAAUGUCCACACGACAAGGCGUGUAUCAAAAAUAAAUGUGUUGAUCCGUGUCCAGGAACUUGUGGCAUUAAUGCCAUAUGUGAAGUACUCAAUCACGUGCCAAUGUGUCGUUGUCCCGAAGGCAUGUCCGGAAACGCAUUCUACCAAUGUGAUGUCUUGCCACCGAAACUCGUAUCUGACCCAUGCCAACCAUCACCUUGCGGUCCAAACAGCCGCUGUCGUGUCUUCAAUCAAAACGCUGUUUGCUCUUGCAUUGAAGGUUUCAUCGGAAAUCCACCGACUUGUCGUCCAGAGUGUGUACGCAAUUCAGAUUGCGGUCCGCAGAAAGCUUGCCAGAAUCAGAAAUGCGUUGAUCCUUGUCCAGGUGCUUGCGGUUUUAAUGCCAUUUGCAACGUCGUAAAUCAUGCACCAAUCUGCACGUGUCCAACACGUCAUACUGGAAAUCCCUUCGUCGCAUGCCAACCUAUAAUUGAACCACCACCACGUUUGGAGGAGCCAAAAGAUCCAUGCUACCCAUCUCCUUGCGGUCCGAACUCGGCAUGUCGCGCUGUCGGCGAUGCACCGUCCUGCUCAUGCUUACCACAAUUUACAGGAUCACCACCGAAUUGCCGUCCUGAAUGUGUUACCAAUAGUGAAUGUAGUCAUGAAAAAGCUUGUAUUAACCAGAAAUGCGUUGAUCCCUGCCCCGGUUUGUGCGGACAAAAUGCGCAGUGUCGCGUUAUUAGCCACACAGCAAUGUGUCUGUGCGUGCCAGGCUAUACUGGUGAUCCAUUUACAUUCUGCUCAGCAACGCCAGCACAACAAGAAGAAGUCAUCAGACCGUGUGAACCGAAUCCUUGCGGUGUGAACGCCGAGUGUCGCCAGGGUAAUAAUGCGGGCUCAUGUCAGUGCUUGCCCGAAUACUUUGGCAAUCCCUACGAGGGCUGCCGUCCAGAGUGUGUAACAAAUUCAGACUGCCCACUGGAUAAGUCUUGUCAAAAUCAAAAAUGUCGCGAUCCUUGCCCCGGCGUGUGUGCGCUAAAUGCUCAAUGUCGCGUUAUCAAUCAUUUGCCCUCGUGCAAUUGUCUUGAUGGCUUUGUAGGAGAUCCAUACAGUUAUUGUCAGUUGCCAGAGAAACCAAUCAUAAAAGAAUACGUCAACCCCUGUCAGCCAUCGCCUUGCGGGCCCAAUUCACAGUGUCGCGAAGUGAACGGCCAAGCCGUUUGCUCUUGUCUAGCAACUUUUGUGGGUACACCACCAGCCUGCAGACCCGAGUGUACGACAAGUGCCGAAUGCGCUUUAGAUAAGGCGUGUAUUAACCAAAAGUGUCAGGACCCAUGUCCAGGCACUUGUGGCUCAAAUGCGGAGUGUCGCGUACGAAACCAUUCGCCGAUAUGUAUCUGCCUUAACGGCUAUACUGGAGAUGCCUUCACGCGUUGUUAUCGCAUACCACCACCACCACCAGUUGCUGAACUACCAGAGCCAAUGCGGAAUCCGUGCGUACCUUCGCCUUGUGGACAAUUUGCAGAAUGUCGCGACAUCAACGGCAGUCCAUCUUGCUCAUGUCUAUCCACCUACAUAGGCAGUCCACCAAGCUGCCGCCCGGAGUGUACUAGAAACUCAGACUGCGCGAGCACCCAAGCUUGUAUCAAUCAGAAAUGUCGCGAUCCUUGUCCGGGCGCAUGUGGUUUCAAUGCGAAUUGUCAUGUCGUCAAUCAUACACCUAUCUGUGAAUGUGCACCAGGCUUAAGUGGCGAUCCGUUCACCGCUUGCCACAUGCCACCACCACCACCACCUAAACUAGCGGAAGAUCCGUGCAAUCCUUCACCAUGUGGGGCAAAUACUGUGUGUCACGAUGGUCAGUGCGAGUGCUUACCCGAAUACUUAGGUAAUCCAUUAAUUGGGUGUCGUCCGGAAUGUGUUUUGAAUACAGACUGUCCGUCGGACAAGGCUUGCAUUCGUCAAAAAUGUAUAGAUCCUUGUCCAGGCACAUGUGCCAAAAACGCCAUUUGUGAGGUACAUAAUCACAUUCCAAUGUGUCAUUGUCCAGAUGGUAUGACGGGUAAUGCGUUCGCACUAUGCCAACUCCAAUCGACGCCUGUGCAAGUGAAUCCAUGUCAACCCUCGCCGUGUGGCCCGAACUCGCAAUGUCGUGUUGUAAAUCAACAAGCUGUUUGCUCGUGCUUACCUGAGUUCUUAGGCGCACCACCAUCUUGCCGACCGGAGUGCACCAGCAAUGCGGAAUGUGCCCUAAAUCGUGCGUGUUUGCAGCAGAAAUGUCGUGAUCCCUGUCCUGGAGUUUGUGGCGUCAACACUGAAUGUAGUGUCAUAAAUCAUUCUCCGAUAUGUCGCUGUGCCAACUCGUACACCGGCAAUCCAUUUGUUGCAUGCAGUCCUAUACGAAUUGCGCCAACAUUAGAUAUUCAGCCAAAAGAUCCUUGCCGUCCAUCACCCUGUGGACCGAACGCGGAGUGUCGAGCUGUAGGCGAUAGCCCAUCGUGUUCAUGUCUCAAUAAUUUUAUUGGUUCACCGCCAAACUGCCGUCCAGAGUGUGUUACGAAUUCCGAGUGCCCACUUUCACAGGCAUGCAUCAAUCAACGUUGCCAGGAUCCUUGCCCAGGAGUUUGUGGAACCAAUGCCGCUUGCCAUGUCAUUAAUCAUACGCCCAUGUGCGUGUGUGUGAGCGGUUAUACCGGCGAUCCCUUCAGCUUUUGUGAUGUCGUACGCGAUGUGCCCCAAGAGGUGUUAAAUCCCUGUCAACCGAGCCCUUGUGGUCCUAACACCGAGUGCACAGUACGUAAUGGGGCUGGCGCUUGUCAAUGUCUGCCUGAAUAUCAAGGCAAUCCUUAUGAGGGUUGUCGUCCCGAAUGUGUUGUGAACUCCGACUGUCCAACAACCAAAGCUUGCGUGCAAAGCAAAUGCAAAGACCCAUGCCCGGGUACUUGUGGACAGAACGCACUUUGCUAUGUACGCAAUCAUUUGCCAACCUGCCACUGCUUAACCGGCUACACAGGCGAUCCAUAUAGUUACUGCACAGUGGUGACAGAACCCAAAUUCGAUGUGGUAAACCCCUGCCAACCUUCGCCAUGUGGACCAAACUCGCAAUGUCGCGAGGUGAAGCAGCAAGCCGUCUGCUCUUGCUUGCCAACAUUUAUCGGUAGCCCGCCCGAAUGUCGUCCAGAGUGUACCUCUUCUAGUGAGUGCUCUCUUGAUAAGGCUUGUGUUAACCAGAAAUGCGUCGAUCCAUGCCCAGGCGUGUGUGGUCUCAAUGCCGAGUGCAAUGUACGCAAUCACAGCCCACUUUGUAGUUGUCGAAAUGGUUUUACUGGCGACGCUUUUACAAGGUGUUACCCGAUACCGCCACCACCACCAUCUGUUAUUAGAGAGGAAUAUCGGGAUCCAUGCGUGCCAUCACCAUGCGGUGCUAACGCUGUCUGCCGCAACGUCAACGGCCAAGCUUCUUGCUCUUGUCUGCCCAAAUACUUGGGUGCACCACCCAACUGUCGCCCAGAAUGUUCCAUUAACGCCGAAUGUCCAGCUCAUCUAGCGUGCAUAAAUGAGAAGUGCCGCGAUCCAUGUCCCGGCUCCUGUGGUUUCUCUGCGAUUUGCAACGUCAUAAAUCAUACGCCAAUUUGUACUUGUCCCGCUGACUUUACUGGCGAUCCGUUCACUAGCUGUACACCCAAGCCACCAGAACCGAAAUUGCCUCUAAAAGACCCUUGCAACCCAUCACCCUGUGGAAGUAAUGCCGUUUGUGAUAACGGUUUAUGCUCGUGCCUUCCGGAAUACCAAGGAAACGCUUACUUCGGUUGUCGUCCUGAAUGUGUACUCAAUACAGAGUGUUCGCGAGAUAAAGCAUGUAUACGUAACAAAUGUGUUGAUCCUUGCCCAGGUACUUGUGGUGUGGGCGCCAUUUGUGAUGUCUUUAACCAUAUACCAAUGUGUCGUUGUCCUGAGGGCAUGUCGGGAAAUGCAUUUAUCCAAUGUUCGGUACAACAAACACCGCCAACCAUCAUCAACCCAUGCCAGCCAUCGCCUUGCGGUCCGAACUCGCAAUGCAACGAAGUUAACCAGCAAUCUGUUUGCGCCUGCUUGCCCAACUACCUCGGCUCGCCACCUAACUGUCGACCGGAAUGCACCAUUAAUUCAGACUGUCCACCGAGCUUGGCUUGUGUGAAUCAGAAAUGCCGAGAUCCCUGUCCGGGCAGCUGUGGUUUACGCGCCCUCUGCUCAGUUAUUAAUCAUGCACCGUUCUGUAGUUGCCCCAGCGGUUAUACAGGCAAUGCUCACAACUUAUGUCAGCUGCUACCACCACCGGAACCUCAACGAGAACCCACUAGCCCUUGCCUACCAUCACCUUGCGGCCCGAACUCUCAAUGCGUGGAUACCAAUGGCUCUCCAUCCUGCAGCUGCCUUCCAGAUUACAUCGGAGCAGCACCACACUGUCGACCAGAGUGUCUUUCAUCUUCUGAGUGUGCUAACAAUAAAGCCUGCAUAAAUAUGAAAUGUCGCGACCCGUGUCCUGGCGUAUGCGGUACAUCAGCUACUUGCCAUGUGGUUAGUCACACGCCAUCUUGUAUCUGUGUCACCGGUUAUGUGGGCGAUCCAUUCACACAAUGUUAUCCUCAACCGAUUGUGGAACUCGAACAGGUGAAUCCGUGUGUACCGAGCCCAUGUGGCAGUAAUGCUAUCUGUACAACUCAAAACAAUGCCGGCUCCUGUAAAUGUCUACCAGAAUACUUCGGUAAUCCCUAUCAGGGUUGUCGACCCGAGUGUGUUGCGAACUCAGACUGUCCCUCGAACAAGGCGUGCCGCAACCAGAAGUGUCAAGAUCCUUGCCCUGGGGUUUGUGGGCAAAAUGCUCGUUGUGACGCCAUUAAUCACUUGCCAACUUGCAGUUGUCUUUCGGGUUAUACCGGUGACCCGUAUAGCUAUUGUAAUAUUGUGAAAGAACCCGUUAGAGAAUAUGUUAACCCCUGUGUACCAUCACCUUGUGGCCCCAAUUCACAAUGUCGGGAGGUGAACGAACAAGCCGUUUGCUCGUGUCUACCCGAGUAUAUUGGCAGUCCACCAUCUUGUCGUCCCGAAUGUACAACGAACGCUGAAUGCUCAGCGGACAAGGCCUGCGUUAAUAGGAAGUGUCAAGAUCCUUGCCCCGGUACUUGCGGCUCGAACGCGGAGUGUCGCGUGCGCACUCAUAGCCCAUACUGUAGCUGUCGUCCGGGAUACACUGGAGAUGCAUUCGUCCGUUGUUAUCCCUUACCGCCUCCACCACCGCCAGCACGUGAACCCUAUCGCGAUCCGUGCCUACCUUCGCCAUGCGGCCAGUAUGCUGUUUGUCGUGUAACGAAUGAACAACCCACCUGCUCUUGCCUACCAACUUAUGUGGGCAGACCGCCCAACUGUCGUCCGGAGUGUGUAGUGAAUUCGGAUUGUGCCAGUAAUCGCGCAUGCAUGAACGAGAAAUGUCGUGACCCUUGUCCUGGCUCUUGUGGUGUAAAUGCUAUCUGUAAUGUACUUAACCACACACCAGUUUGUGUGUGUCCCGCUGGUUAUAUCGGUGAUCCAUUCACCAGCUGCCAUCCGCAACCAGCACCACCGCCACCAUCCGCACCUGCCGACGAUCCUUGCACACCAUCACCUUGUGGCACUAACGCCCAGUGUAGUGACGGCAUUUGCACUUGCAUCGGCGAAUAUCAAGGUGAUCCAUAUACCGGCUGUCGCCCAGAGUGCAUUCUCAACAGCGAAUGCGCGCGCGAUAAGGCUUGUAUCAAUCAGAAAUGUCAGGAUCCUUGUCCAGGCACCUGUGCUUCGAACGCUAUCUGCGAGGUCCACAGUCAUGUUCCGAUGUGCCAUUGUCCAGCGGGUAUGCAAGGCAAUGCAUUCGUUCUUUGUCAACCUACACCGGAACGACCGCCCGAACCAGCUCAUCCAUGUCAACCGUCGCCGUGUGGUCCCAAUGCACUAUGUCAGGAUAGGAAUGGCAUUGCCAUUUGCUCUUGUGUUCAAAAUAUGAUUGGCACACCACCUGCUUGCCGGCCCGAAUGCGUCAGCAACUCUGAGUGUCCAAUGAAUCGCGCGUGUAUUACCCAGAAAUGUACAGAUCCUUGCCCAGGUGCUUGUGGUCACAACUCACUAUGCAACGUUGUUAAUCACAAUCCGAUGUGCUCGUGUCCCACUGGCUACACCGGCAGUCCAUUUGUUGCCUGUCAACCCAUUAUCAAUCCACCAACUUACGAAGAGCCGCGUGACCCCUGUCGUCCAUCGCCAUGCGGUCCAAACGCCCAAUGUAGCAAUAUUAAUGGCGCACCAUCUUGCACUUGCCUCUCGGAGUUCAUCGGCGUACCGCCAAAUUGUCGUCCAGAAUGUAUAUCUAAUUCGGAAUGCCCCUCGGAUAAGGCCUGCAUCAUUCAGAAAUGUCGUGACCCAUGCCCUGGACUAUGUGGCUCGAAUGCAGAAUGUCACACUUUGAAUCACAUACCAAAUUGUGUUUGUGAAGAGGGUUAUGUAGGAGAUCCGUUCACCAUCUGCCGUCUUCCUCUACCAGCAGCAACGCCACCACCUGUACCAGACUACGUAGACCCGUGCGUGCCAAGUCCUUGUGGAAAUAAUGCAGAGUGCCGACGUCAAGGCAAUGUCGGCUCUUGUGUCUGUCUGCCCGAAUACUUUGGCAAUCCCUACCAGGGUUGUCGUCCAGAGUGUGUCAUAAAUAGUGAUUGUCAGUCGAACCGUGCUUGUGUACAGCGCAAAUGUCGCGAUCCAUGUCCCGGCAGUUGCGGCCGUAAUGCCGAGUGCCAAAUUGUAAACCAUUUGCCAGUUUGUCACUGUUUGAGUGGCUACACGGGCAAUCCGUUUAGUUUAUGCUCGCCUGUGAAGCAAUUGGAACCCGUUUACGUUGAUCCAUGUCAGCCAUCGCCGUGCGGACCGAACGCGCAAUGCCACGAAGUGAACAAACAGGCCGUCUGCUCUUGUCUGCCCGAAUUCGUCGGAUCACCACCAGCAUGUCGCCCUGAAUGUACCGUUAACUCGGAAUGUCCACUUACGCAAGCUUGCAUAAACCGCAAAUGCGCUGAUCCUUGCCCGGGCACUUGUGGCCAGAAUGCGGAAUGUCGCGUUUACAACCACAAUCCAAUCUGUAGUUGCAGGGCAAGAUACACCGGUGAUGCCUUUACGCGCUGUUACCCAAUACCUUCACCACCAUCACAACCGAUCGCUGAUGUAACAUUAGUACCAUCACCAUUGCCGCCAAGUAAUCCUUGCAGUCCCUCACCUUGUGGCCCAUACACGCAAUGUCAUAACCGUAACGGAGGCGCAGUUUGUUCUUGCCUGCCAAAUUACAUUGGUAGUCCACCAAAUUGUCGUCCCGAAUGUGUGGUGCAUUCCGAUUGUCCACCAAGUCAUGCCUGCAUCAACGAGAAGUGUCGCGAUCCAUGCCCCGGCUCUUGUGGCUUCAACGCGUUAUGUAAUGUGCUCAAUCAUGUACCCAACUGCGUGUGUCCAACCGGAUAUGUAGGCGAUCCAUUUAACAGCUGCACGCCGCAACCACCGAAACCAAUAGUGUAUCGUGAACCCAUCAAGCAGGAUCCUUGCAUACCAUCACCUUGUAGCGCGAAUGCAGCUUGCAGCGGCGACGGUGUAUGCACGUGUCAGCCGGAGUAUCAUGGCGAUCCAUAUAUUGGCUGCCGUCCGGAGUGCGUGCUCAGUAGUGAUUGUGCGCGUGAUCGUGCUUGUAUCAACCAGAAAUGUGCGGAUCCCUGUCCGGGAACAUGCGGUUUACAGGCAAUGUGUAAUGUCAUCAAUCAUGUUCCAAUGUGUUCGUGCCCCACGGGCAUGACCGGUAAUGCGUUCAUGCGCUGUGAUCCCGUACCAAUCGUCGAACCACCAGCGCCCGUGAAUCCCUGUCAUCCUUCCCCUUGUGGUCCGAAUGCACAAUGUCGAGCGACAAAUCAACAGGCCAUGUGCUCCUGCUUGCCAGGCUAUAUAGGCGUACCACCUUCUUGCCGACCCGAGUGCGUAUCUAAUUCGGAGUGUCAGCUCGAUAAGUAUUGUGUGAAUCAACGUUGUCAAGAUGCCUGCGCUGGCGUUUGCGGUUUACGCGCCAACUGCCAGGUGCAUAACCACAGCCCAAUCUGUACUUGUCCAACACGUUUCACCGGUGAUCCAUUCAUCGCCUGCCAACCAAUUCAACGACCACCUCCACCACAGAAGGAUGAAGAUCCUUGCAAGCCAUCACCUUGUGGACCCAACUCCGAAUGUACAGUGACACCGAAUGGCGCACAAUGUGCCUGCUUACGUGAUUUCAUCGGCUCCGCACCACACUGUCGACCGGAAUGCGUGACGAGCGCUGAAUGCACCUCGGACAAGGCUUGUAUUAAUCAUAAAUGCGUCGAUCCAUGUCCGGGCUCCUGUGGUGCCGUAGCCGAGUGUCGCGUGCUGGCGCAUAGCGCUAUGUGUUUCUGUCCCAGCGGCUAUACUGGUGACCCAUUCAACGCUUGUGUGAAACAACAAGACCCACCUACCGAGGUGGCUUUACCUUGCAGUCCCAGUCCUUGUGGCCCGAAUGCGAUCUGUCAGCCACGCAAUGGCCUAAGUGUUUGUCAAUGUUUACCCAACUAUUUCGGUAAUCCUUAUGAAGUUUGUCGUCCGGAAUGUGUUAGGAACUCCGACUGCGCAGCAGACAAGGCAUGCCUGAACCAAAAGUGCCGUGAUCCAUGUCCCGGCACUUGUGGCACACAAGCCACUUGUCAAGUCGUCAAUCAUAUACCGAAUUGUGCGUGCCUGCCAGGUUAUCGGGGUGAUCCUUACACGCGCUGCGUAAUAAUGCAAGCAGAACCCGACCCACCAGUCAACGUAAGUCCUUGCCAACCAUCACCGUGUGGCCCUAACUCCCAAUGCCGUGACUCUAACGGUCAAGCAGUCUGCUCCUGUAUACCGGAAUUUGUUGGCACACCACCCAGCUGCCGCCCGGAAUGUGUUGUCAGCUCCGAGUGUCCGCUGGACAAGGCGUGUAUCAAUCAGAAAUGUAAAGAUCCUUGUCCUGGCGCGUGUGGCUUGAAUGCGGAAUGUCAUGUGCGUAACCAUAGCCCAUUGUGCGCUUGCAGGACGGGUUAUACCGGUGAAGCAUUCACUAGCUGUCAACCCAUACCACCCCCUCGAACUCCUGAGCCGCCACAAGCCGAUAUUAACCCGUGCAUACCAUCACCAUGUGGUCCGUACUCACAAUGUCGUGAAGUGAACAACGCCGCUAGUUGCAGCUGCUUAACAGAGUAUAUAGGUGCACCGCCCAACUGCCGUCCAGAAUGUACCAUCAAUGCGGAAUGUCCUGGCAACACGGCUUGCCUCAACCAGCGCUGUCGCGAUCCUUGUCCUGGCUCUUGCGGCUUCUCAGCAUUAUGUAGCGUCAUCAAGCAUAUACCAAGCUGUUCCUGUCCUAUUGGCUAUACUGGCGAUCCAUUCACCAAUUGUCGUCCACUACCACCGCCGCCACCUGCGCCGAAACCAAAUGAACCCGUGGAUCCUUGCAUACCUUCACCAUGUGGCGCAAAUGCGCUCUGCAACCCGUCGUCAUGUGGACCCAACAGUAAAUGCCGUCGCCCUGAAGAUAGUUAUGUUUGCGCUUGUGUCAAAGACUACAAUGGCAAUCCUUACGAAGGUUGCCGUCCUGAAUGUAUUAGCAACUCUGAGUGUUCACCAAGUCUCGCCUGUAUACGCAACAAAUGCGUUGAUCCUUGUCCUGGCACUUGCGGUGUAGAGGCACUGUGCACCAUACACAAUCACAUACCGAUUUGCUCAUGCCCAACUGGCUACACCGGUAAUGCUUUCGUCCAAUGCUCACCCAUCGUAAUCGAGAAAACGCCAAUAGAACAUCGUGAUCCUUGCUACCCAACACCGUGCGGCCUCAAUUCCAUCUGCAAAGUACGACGUGAUCAGGCUGUGUGUGAAUGUGUGCCUGGCUUCUUGGGUAACCCACCCAGCUGCCGUGCAGAAUGUAUAGUUAGCUCUGAAUGUCCAUCUGAUAAAGCUUGUAUCAACCAAAAAUGCAAGGAUCCUUGUCCUGGCGCUUGUGGAUUGAACGCGGAAUGUCAUGUACGUAACCAUAGCCCGUUGUGCGCUUGUAAAACGGGUUAUACUGGUGAAGCCUUCACUAGCUGUCAACCAAUACCACCGCCCCGCACCCCUGAACCACCACAAGCCGAUGUAAAUCCUUGUACACCAUCGCCAUGCGGCCCUUACUCAGAGUGUCGUGAAGUAAAUAAAGCCGCUAGUUGCAGUUGUCUGGCAGAAUAUAUAGGUGCACCGCCCAACUGCCGCCCUGAGUGUACUAUCAGUGGGGAAUGUCCAAACAAUUUGGCUUGUAUCAACCAGCGUUGUCGCGAUCCUUGCCCUGGCGCAUGUGGCUCGAAUGCCAACUGUAUUGUGGCUUUGCAUAUACCAAACUGUCAUUGCCCCGCCGACAUGACCGGUGAUCCCUUCCGCGUGUGUUAUGAGGCACCAAAAACUCUACCACCGCCACCACAACAGGAACCACGUGACCCUUGCCGACCGUCACCUUGUGGUCCGAACAGUGAAUGUCGAGGCCGCGGCGAUAGUUACACUUGUGCUUGUAUCAACGACUACAUUGGUAAUCCCUAUGAAGGUUGCCGUCCAGAAUGUGUUGGCAAUUCUGAAUGCGCCUCGAAUCGCGCUUGUAUACGCAACAAAUGUGUAGAUCCUUGCCCAGGUACUUGCGGUGUAGAAGCACUUUGCACCAUACACAAUCACAUACCAAUUUGCUCGUGCCCAACGGGUUACAGCGGCAAUGCUUUCGUACAAUGUUCACCUAUAGUAAUCGAGCACAUACCACAAGAACGACGUGAUCCAUGCUACCCGACACCGUGCGGUAUCAACACCGCCUGCAAGGUUCAACGCGACCAGGCAGUUUGUGAAUGUCUGCCCGGCUUCUUCGGCAACCCACAGGGCCAAGGCUGUCGCCCCGAAUGUACGCUUAGCUCGGACUGUGCUAAGGAUAAGGCUUGUGUUAAUUCCAAAUGUGUUGAUCCCUGCCCAGGCGUUUGCGGCUUCGGUGCUCAAUGUCAGACAGUUAAUCACAAUCCGAUUUGUAGUUGCCCCAGCCCGAUGGUGGGUAAUCCGUUCGUUGAAUGUCACGCACCACCGAAACCAGUUGAUCCCUGCAAUCCAUCACCAUGUCGUAGCAAUGGCAUUUGUCAGGUUCUCAAUGGCGCUGCCACAUGCACGUAUCCGGAGUGUGUGACCAAUGAGGACUGUUUGCGUAAUCGUGCUUGCAUUAAUCAGAAAUGUCGCGAUCCAUGUAUUAAUGCCUGCGGUCUUAAUGCAAUCUGUAAUGCCAUUAAUCACAAAGCCGUAUGUACAUGUCCACAGGGAUACUAUGGUUCACCAUUCAACCAAUGUCUGCCACAAAUAGAAGAUAUACCAGAACCCCGUCCUGAAUGCACCACUGAUGCGGAAUGCUCCAACGAUAAGGCGUGUGUCAAUCAAGUCUGCAAGAAUCCGUGCGAACUGUCGAAUAUUUGCGGCACAAAUGCGCGCUGUCAUGUGCAGCUGCACCGACCUCUCUGUGUGUGUAAUGAAGGUUACACCGGCAACGCUUUCAGCUACUGUCACCUCAUCGGCUGUCGUUCGGACGAGGAGUGCCCUGCCACGGAAGCAUGCAUCAACAAACAAUGUACCGAUCCCUGCCCGUACACACAGUGCGGCACGAACGCCAUUUGUCGAGCAGACUACAAUCAUAAAGCACGUUGCCAUUGUCCUGACGGUUAUCGCGGCAAUCCACUGGUGCAUUGCGAACGACCCGAAUGUACACGCGACGAAGAGUGUGCCUUCAAUUUGGCCUGCCGAAAUGAACGUUGCGAAGAUCCAUGUAAUUGUGGUAUUGGUGCACAGUGUCGCGUUGACAAUCAUCGUGCACAAUGUCGCUGCCCUCCGGGUUACACUGGUAAUCCACUCGUGAGCUGUGUACUUGAAGAACCCAAGUUUGCGCCACAAUGUACUAUGGACGCGGACUGUACCAGCAAGUUGGCCUGCUUCGGAGGUGAAUGCAAGAACCCGUGCUUCGUGACGCAACCGUGUGGCGCGAACGCUAUUUGUUCGGUAGUGGACACAUUACCGCUACGUACCAUGAUCUGUCAAUGUGAAUCCGGUUAUGUGGGUGAUGCGGAUGUAGGUUGUCGUAAAGAACCCGCACGCGAUCAUGGCUGUCAAUCGAAUAGCGAGUGCCAGGACACGGAAGCUUGCCGUAAUGGCGUCUGUGUAAAUCCUUGCAUAGAUGUCUCACCUUGCGCACGUACUGCGGAGUGCUUGGCUCAGCGUCAUCGCGCGGUCUGCAGUUGCCCACUCGGCACACAGGGCGAUCCCUUCACAAAUUGCUACCAACCACCUGAAAUCACAGCCGGCUGUAAACACGACUCGGAGUGCACGCCAACCACGGCUUGCAUCAAUCAACGCUGUCAAGACCCCUGCGCCGAGGCAAAUCCAUGCGCAGGCAAUGCAGAGUGUCGUGUGCGAAAUUCGCGCCCAAUAUGCUCUUGCCCCGCCGGAUGGGGUGGUGAUCCGCAAGUGCAGUGUUACAAACCGGAGUGUAAGAUUAAUGCAGACUGUCCAUACGAUAAGGCUUGCAUCAGCGAGAAUUGUGUUAAUCCUUGCAAUUAUGGUGAAGUACGUUGCGGCAUUGGUGCUCAGUGCGCUCCACAAAAUCACCAAGCUGUCUGCAUAUGUCCACCGGGCACACAAGGCAAUCCAUUUGUCUCUUGUAUCACUGGACACUGUCAAUACAAUGAGGAUUGCGCGGAUCAUGAAGCUUGCGAUCGCUUGAAUCGUGUUUGCCGUCCGGUUUGUGAUGAGGAUACCUGCGCGCUGAAUGCCGUUUGCACUGGCAGACGUCAUCAACCGCAGUGUGCUUGCCGCACAGGUUACAUUGGCAAUCCAUUCGUUCAAUGCGAUCUGCCACGCGAGCCACCGACGAAAGUGCAACCCGAAUGUACCCAAGAUGCUGAUUGUCCAACACAACUGGCUUGCAUUAACCAGCACUGUUCGAACCCAUGUGCCACCCCACACGUUUGCACGCCACAACAGACCUGUCAUGUACUUGAUACACUACCGUUGCGUACAAUGAUCUGCAAGUGCCCUAGCGAUACGAUCACUGACAAUUCGGGCAAUUGUGUGCCGAUUAAACAUGAGGUGGUCAGCGGUUGUCAGAGCAAUGACGAAUGUGGUAAUACGGAGGUCUGCCAGCGAGGGGUAUGCAUCGACGCUUGUCGUCUGGAACGUUGCGGUGUGAAUGCACAAUGUCGCUCACGUGAUCACUAUGCUGAAUGCACAUGCGCACGCGGCUAUGAAGGCAAUCCGCGCAUGGAGUGCCGUCUGAUUGUGCAUGAACAGCCGAAAACACCGAAUGCAGAAUGCACGAAGAACGAUGACUGUCCGUAUGAUAAGAAUUGUGCAAAUGAACGCUGUGUCAAUCCAUGUGUGGAAGACGCUUGCGGACGCGGUGCUUACUGUCACGUGCAAAACAGAGAAGCAGUUUGUCGUUGCCCUCCCGGUUUUAGCGGUGAUGCACGCGUUGCUUGUAUACCACCACCAGAUGUCUCCACAAUUGGGUGCAAAUCGAACUCUGACUGCGCGCUCAGCGAAUCCUGUGUCAACGAACGCUGUGUAAAUCCUUGCAAUUGCGGUCCGAACGCAGAUUGCAUUGUGCGCAAUCAUCAUCCCGUCUGCUACUGUCAGCCAGGCUACUCUGGAAAUGCGCAAUUUGGCUGUGUACAAAUCGGAUGUCAAUCGGACGAUGAAUGUUCAACGGAUCAGCAGUGCGUAAAUCGCGAAUGUGUUAAUCCUUGCCUGAUUAGUGAUCCAUGUGCGCUCAAUGCCGAAUGCUUUGGUCGCAAUCAUCGCGCUAACUGUCGUUGCCCUGCCGGCUUGGAGGGCAAUCCAUUCCAACGUUGUGUACGCGUUGAGUGCCACUCAGACUACGACUGCGCUACGAAUCAAGCAUGCGUACGCAAUCAAUGCGUCAAUCCUUGCCAGGAUAGUCCAUGUGCACAGAAUGCCAUUUGCCAACCAUUGCAACAUCGUGCCGUCUGCCGCUGUCCAGAGACUAUGCCAUUGGGAAAUCCCUAUGCCUAUUGUGAACGUCGUCCUGUAGAACCUGUUUGCCGCGACGAUGGCGACUGUCCCAGUCGUUUAGCUUGUAUCGACAACAAAUGUCAGAAUCCAUGCACCAUACUCUCUCCUUGCGCUAGUUCUGCCCAGUGUAGUGUGCUGGAUAGCGUGCCCGUACGUACUAUGGUCUGCGAAUGCCCAGAGUCUUAUGUGCCCGAUGCGCGCGGUGAGUGCAAACAAAUCAUACUGCAGAGCCCACCAGGAUGUAGCACCGAUGCUGAUUGCCCGGACCAGGAGGCGUGCAUCAACCGCCAAUGUCGCAACCCAUGUAAUUGUGGUACCAACGCUAUUUGCCGUGUACAGAACCAUCGCGCCACCUGCUCGUGUCAGGACGGCUUCGAAGGCAAUCCCUACUCAUACUGCCGCACCAUUGGCUGUCGCAUCGAUAGUGAAUGUGACUCUGGUAAAGCUUGCAUUAACGGAAACUGUAUCAACCCAUGUUUGGUCAAUGAUCCUUGUGGCAUCAACGCCGAGUGCUAUGUACAGUCGAAUCAAGCGAUGUGUCGCUGCAAGAGUGGUUAUCGUGGCAAUGCGUACGAGCGUUGUCGCGUUAUUGGAUGUCUCACGAACAAUGAUUGCCCCACGGACAAGAUGUGCCAGAACGAACAAUGCGUUAAUCCUUGCAUCUAUCAAAACCCCUGCUCACCGCAUGCUGAAUGUCGCGCUCAAAACCACUUGGCCGUCUGUCGCUGCCCCGCUGGCUUCCUUGGUAAUCCAUACGUGGACUGCCGCCCAGAACCACAGCCUGUAUGCAAAGUAGAUACGGACUGUCCAGCGCGCUUGGCUUGCAUCAACGAUGAGUGUGUCAAUCCCUGCUUAACAUUAGAACCAUGUAAUCGACCUGCACAAUGCGAAGUCACACCAACUUCACCUGUACGCACCAUGAUUUGCGUCUGCCCCGACGGCUACAUUAGCAGCGGUAGCGGUACUUGUAAACCAACGAAGACCGUGGUGGAAGUAGGUGGUUGUAUAGCCGACUCAGACUGCGCUAAAGACAAAGCGUGCGUGAAUGGCAUCUGCAGGGAUCCUUGCAACUGCGGUCUGAACGCUGAAUGCCGAAUUAAAGAUCAUAAACCCGUAUGCACUUGUCGUCAAGGCUACGAAGGCAAUCCAGAAUUUGAAUGCUCUAAAGUGGAGUGCGCCAUCAACUCUGAUUGUCCGGCAACGCAUGCUUGUCGCAAUCAACUAUGUGUGCCUGCUUGCCAAGGCGAGCAAUGUGGCACAAAUGCCCAAUGCUUAGCUGUCGAUCAUCGCGCCAUCUGUGAGUGCGCGCCCGGGUUCCAUGGCAAUGCACGCAUCUCCUGUACACCACUCGGCUGUCGCGCCGAUAACGAAUGUCCAUCGGAUAAGGCUUGUGUCAAUGGUAAAUGUGAGGACCCAUGUGAAACAAAGGCGGUCUGCGCGUACGAUGAAAUUUGUAAGGUUUACCAACACCGACCGGAAUGUGGCUGCCCACCUGGCACAAUCGCGCGCCGCAACGGCUGUGAGCCAUUACGUGAAAUACCAAUAUGUCGUUACGAUGGCGACUGCCCAAGUCAAACCGCUUGUAUACGUGGCGAAUGCGUUAACCCGUGUAAUGCAACACAUCCAUGCGGCGUCAAUGCGGACUGUCGUGUGCUGGAUACUGUGCCUGUGCGCACCAUGAUCUGCGAAUGUUUGGAAGGUUACACUGGCAAUGCAGCCGUGCAGUGCGACAAGCGCUCAUUGUGCGUGAUCGAGAAAGGUUUCGUGCGUGACGUGGACGGGCAAUGUGUCUGCCCGCCUGGCACCGCUUUAGAUGUUUAUGAAUACUGCACGCCCUGCUUGCCUCAACAAGGUUACAAGAUUGAUGAAAAUGGACGCUGUGUAUGUGCGCUAGAGCGCGGUAUGGUCAUUGAUGAACGUGGACGCUGUAUCUGUCCGACCGAUCACGGGUAUCGCCUAACGCCGGCCGGCGAAUGUAUCGCCGAAGAUCAACCUGGCUGCGAAACGAACGAUGACUGCGCAGAUAAUCGCUUCUGCAACACGCGCACCAACACUUGUGAAGACCCCUGUCUUCAAAAGGUUUGCGGCGUAAACGCCUUCUGUAAUGCCAUCAACCAUCGGGCACAAUGCCAAUGUAUCACUGGCUAUACCGGCAAUCCCGAAAUUAUCUGUAAUCACACAAAUUUCCGCACAGACUUCCCACGUCCCGACAUGUUAGUCAGUUGUCUAGCCGAUGGUGUACAAGUUGAAAUACACAUCACCGAACCCGGCUUCAAUGGCGUACUCUAUGUCAAGGGACACAGUAAAGAUGAAGAAUGCCGACGUGUCGUGAAUCUGGCAGGAGAAAGUGUGCCCCGUACAGAAAUCUUCCGUGUACACUUCGGCAGCUGUGGCAUGCAAGCGGUUAAGGACAUCGCCAGCUUUGUGCUCGUCAUACAGAAACAUCCGAAAUUGGUUACUUACAAAGCGCAAGCGUACAAUAUUAAAUGUGUCUACCAGACAGGUGAGAAGAAUGUAACGUUGGGCUUUAAUGUCUCUAUGUUAACGACUGCCGGCACAAUCGCCAACACGGGACCGCCACCAAUCUGCCAGAUGCGCAUCAUAACACACGAAGGCGAAGAGAUUAACUCGGCAGAGAUUGGUGACAAUCUGAAAUUACAAGUAGACGUAGAGCCAUCAACAAUCUACGGCGGUUUCGCACGCUCUUGCAUCGCCAAAACAAUGGAGGAUAAUGUCGAGAAUGAGUAUAUCGUAACGGAUGAGAAUGGUUGCGCAACAGACGCCUCAAUCUUUGGCGAAUGGGAGUAUAAUCCAGACACGAACAGCCUUAUGGCCAACUUCAACGCAUUCAAAUUCCCAUCAAGCGAUAAUAUACGCUUCCAAUGUAACAUACGUGUCUGCUUUGGUAAAUGUCAACCGGUUAAUUGUCGCGGCUAUAACGCCUUCGGGCGUCGUAGACGUCGCGCGAUCGCCGACAAUUCCACAGACGCAGCAACAGCGGUAGCGACGAACACCGGCAUGGAGGGACAAUUGCGUGAGGAGAUCACAAUUUCCUCGAAUGCGAUAUUGACAUUCGAAAAACGUAGCGGCCCAGGCAUCAAUGAUGCGAAUAUCAAACCCGCGGCACAACGCGUCGAGGACAUUUGCGUCUCUAUGGUGGGUCUCAUAAUCGCGCUAGUAAUAACUGCGCUGCUAGCUUUGGUAGCAGUAGCAGUUGCAGUCUCCUGCUGGCUUAUGGCCUACAGACGGCGGCCGAAAACCUUAGCGCCGCUACCACAUCCACCAGAAUUCCCAAAUCCUCUAUUCGCGAAUCCCGAAGCUGUGCCAGAACCAACACCAGACUAUUUGUCAUAAAGAACAAAUGAUGAAUAAAUAUACUAGAAAAUAGUUUAGUUAAGAAAUUGAAAACAAACAAACAAAAAAAAAGCAAAACACAAAGAAGAAAGAAUAUAUUAGAAUAUAGUAAAAAGAAAAGAAAUAUGUAAAGUAAAUUGUAAAGCGAAAAGAAAAAGAAUAUUUGAGAAGCAUGUGCAAAAAGUUUGAAUUGAAAGAGCGAGCAACUAUUUUUUACUAGGUUGCGCGAGAGAGAGUAUAGGAAAAAGAAUAAUUUGAAAACGUGCAAAGAAAAA